AGCAUCCAGCCCCGUGUGAGCAUCCAGCCCCGUGUGAGCAUCCAGCCCCGUGUGAGCAUCCAGCCCCGUGUGAGCAUCCAGCCCCGUGUCAGUCCCAGUGUGAGCGGCCGCAGCCGGCAGUCAGCCCCGCUGGCACAGUCCGCUCAGAGCAGCAGGCAGGCGGAGAGGCCGCAGGGAGCUGUCCAGGCCGGGGCCGGUGCUGAAAGCGCAGCAUCCAGGGCGGAGGCCGCGGACGGGCGGGCGGGGCGGCGCCAUCACCGGGCGAGCUGGAGGGCCACCGGGAGGAGCAGCCCGAGCCGGGCAGGGCGGCCGAGGCGGCCGGGGACGGAGCCCCACGGAACAUGAAGGCCAAAGGGAAGAGCUCCCCCAAGGGCGGGGAGGGGGCUCCCGCGGCCGUUACUGCAGCGGGCCGGAGCCCCAGGAAGCAGGGCGGGGGCGGGGGGUACUGGAAGGAGGGCUGCCUGCAGUCUGAGCUCAUGCAGUUCCACCUGAAGAAAGGCCUGGCUGCAGCCAAGGGGAGCGAGGCCGCCCACACCGAGAGCAAGACCCCCCCGGGGCCACCGCCAGGGGAGGAGGGGAGCCCGGGGGCAGCCAUGGCCCAGCCAGACCCGGGAGAGGAAAUGGAAAAACUGAGAGAUGAGAAUGAAAGCUUGAAGGUGAGAGAACAAUGGGAGCAGGGAGGGGCCAAGCAUGAUGGAGCCAUGUGUCAUGCAUGAUGGAGCCAUGUGUCAUGUAUGAUGGAACCAUGUAUGAUGGAGCCAUGUGUCAUGUAUGAUGGAGCCAUGUAUGAUGGAGCCAUGUAUGAUGGAGCCAUGUGUCAUGUAUGAUGGAACCAUGUAUGAUGGAGCCAUGUGUCAUGUAUGAUGGAGCCAUGUAUGAUGGAACCAUGUGUCAUGUAUGAUGGAGCCAUGUGUCAUGUAUGAUGGAGCCAUGUAUGAUGGAGCCAUGUAUCAUGUAUGAUGGAGCCAUGCGUCAUGUAUGAUGGAGCCAUGUAUGAUGGAGCCAUGUAUCAUGUAUGAUAGAGCCAUGUGUCAUGUAUGAUGGAGCCAUGUAUGAUGUAACCAUGUAUCAUGUAUGAUGGAGCCAUGUGUCAUGUAUGAUGGAGCCAUGUGUCAUGUAUGAUGGAGCCAUGUGUGAUGGAGCCAUGUAUCAUGUAUGAUGGAGCCAUGUAUGAUGUAUGAUGGAGCCAUGUGUCAUGUAUGAUGGAGCCAUGUAUGAUGUAUGAUGGAGCCAUGUAUCAUGUAUGAUAGAGCCAUGUAUCAUGUAUGAUGGAGCCAUGUAUCAUGUAUGAUGGAGCCAUGUAUGAUGGAACCAUGUGUCAUGUAUGAUGGAACCAUUUAUGAUGUAUGAUGGAGCCCAGCAUUGAGCAUAGCAUUAAGCCCUGCAUGAUGGAGACUAGCACAGAGCCUAGAUGAAGCCCAGCAUGGAGCCCAGGCCCUCUAUUGUCUGCCACUUGGUGAUGUCAUCUGUCUUCAGAAAGCCAGGCCGCUCAGCUGGCAGACAAUAACAUGCUGCACUAACCCAGCAUGUACUGUGUCUGUCUCAAAACUCAGCCACCAAUAUGCUCUUAUUCAGUAUAUCAAUGUUUUCAUUAAAAACAGAUAUCUCUUUUAAUAUGAAUUUCUAUUAAUGCCGCUUGCACUUUAUUUUGCAUUGCAUGGGGCCAGAAAUACAUAGAAAUAUUAAAUUCAGGCAGGGUUUCACAUUAGCAAGUACUUAUUUCCUUUUGUUUGUGAGACUGAAUGGGUAAUUCAGCCUGUGAAUAGGUUAUUAAAAGAAAGAAACAAAAAAACAUAUUUGUAUAUAGUGGACCUGAUCUCAUAAAGCUUGGAAAAGUAUCUCACUUUUAGUGCACCUGAACUAAUCAAGGCAAAGACAAGCAUUAUUCUAGGGCAAACUGCCUUAUAUGGAGCAAUCACCAAUGUAACUAAUACAGUGGUGCUGAACAUUUGGGGAGGCAUGCCACAUACUAUCAAUAAGCAAAAAAAAAAUCCCUAAACAUUAAGAAUGUAUUAAUAGCUUUGUAUUUAUCACUUGUUGUUAGUUAUUUACCAUUUAAAAGGAGCUGUACUAAUUGACACAAUCAAAUCGAUAUAUUUAAAAAAAUCUAACAAUUUUAGCACGUGAUUUCACAUUAACAAUACACUAUUUAUGCUUUUAACCCUCUCAUUUUUUUAGCAGUGAAUAUUUUUUACUCCCUAUCAUAGCAGUGCAAUUACAUGCAGAAAAUAUGCACAAAGUGAAAAUUAUAAUGCCCAUUGAUGCUUGUUUUCUCACAGUCAAUUUUUAGUUACUUUUUCAUUUGCAAGUGUUAGUACAUGUCCUCCUUAAUACUUUGUUCUAGAAUAGUACAUGCUUUUCCUUGUUAAAUAUUUCCCUGAGUCAUGGGCGUCCGCAGGAAUUUUUCCAGGGGGGGGGGGGGCAUAAUUGUAAUGACAGCCAUGCUUGGUACCUUUUUGACAGUGUCAUGAAAGGGAAGGGGCAUAGCCAUUAUCACAUAAAGCCAGGGUGAAUAGCGUUUUCACAACUAUGGUGUCAGGAAUAUAUGUUUGUAUUCCUGACACUAUAGUGUUCUUUAAGCAAAUUAAAGGACAUUUCUGGUCACCCUAUACAAGCCCUAAAUGAAAAUGCUAUGAUGCCAGGAAGCCCCUGGGUGUGCUUUCCUUUAAAAGGUUAAAUCGCUCUCAAAUGGUUUAACCCCAAAGGCUUCCUCCAGCUCCAGGUCGCUCAGUGGUAUUUGGCUUCUGAAACAGAGUGUCAGGAAGUGCAGAUUGACGUCAGGCAUGGGUGCCGCUGAUUGGCUAGAGUGGUCAGUUGACGCUCUAAGCCAAUCGCUAGUUCCCGGUUCAUAAAAUAUUUUUACUUUUUUAUGAAUGGGGAGCUACUGAUUGGCUUAGAGUGCCAGCUGACCGCUCUAGCCAAUCAGCAACACCCCUACCCAACGGCACUCUGUGCUUCCUGACACUCAGUAAAUAAAAGUGAACACAUUAAUACUGAUAUUUUUUUACCUUUGGAGAUGAGAAGGUCCAGCGUUUCCCUGCCAGGCCCAGGUACCAAAGCCUUAUGAUGUGGUGUCCAGAAUAAAGUGGAGGGUUCACUUCAUUUGUCCUUCCUGCUCCAAUCUCCUUUUCCUCUCCUUCAUUUGACAGUCUUUUUUUUUCUUCUGACACUGUUUUCUAUCCUUGGCCCCUUCUGCUCUUUUACCUUUCUGCUACUUUCUGCUUAUUUUGCGCCCUUCUGCUCCUUUCUCAUUCUGAUCCCUUUCUGCUCCUUGCAGACCCUUUCUGCUUCCUUUUCUACUUUACCUUUGUGCUCCUUGCUGUCCCUUUCUGCUCUUUCUCCUACUUUACCUUUGUGCUCCUUCUGAUUCUUUCUGCUCCUUUACCUUUGUGCUCCUUGCUGUCCCUUUGUGCUCCUUCCUGCUCCUUGCAGGCCCUUCCUGCUCAUUCUACUACUUUAUGUUUGUGCUCCUUCUGCCCCUUCCAGCUCAUUUCUGACCUUUUCUGCUCCUUCUACUUUACCUUUGUGCUGCUUUACCUUCCAGCUCCUUGCUGACCCUUCCUGUUCAUUUCUAUUUCUAUAUAUCUAUAGGCUGCUGCCCCCCCAAAUCUAUGGGCUGCUGCCCCCCUCCCCAAAUCUAUGGGCUGCUGCCCCCCCAAAUCUAUGGGCUGCUGCCCCCCCAAAUCUAUGGGCUGCUGCCCCAAAUCUAAGGCUGCUGCCCCCUCCCCAAAUCUAUGGGCUGCUGCCCUCAAAUCUAAAUGCUGCUGCUGCCCUCAAAUCUAUAGGCUGCUGCCCCCCUCCCCAAAUCUAUGGGCUGCUGCCCCCAAAUCUAAAGGCUGCUGCUCCCCAAAAUCUAUGGGCUGCUGCCCUAAAUCUAUGGGCUGCUGCCCCAAAUCUAUAGGCUGCUGCCCCCGUCUCAAACCCUCCCCCCAUCCCCCACUUACCUGAUAUGUAGGCUGUCUCUGGCUGCAUGUGUUGUUCCCCUGCGGUUUCAAUCAGCAGAGAGAAUCAGGGAUAAGAUGCAGCUUCCUAUCCCUAGCUCUCUCCAUACACAGCGCCACCUACUGGCGUUAAAUCUCACACAAAAUAGCAGAACAAGCUGAAAAAUCCAGGGGGGGGCAAGUGCCCCCCAUUGCCCCCCCCUGCGGACGCCCAUGCCCUGAGUCCUUUGUAAUGCUCAUCUUAAAACCUCAAUAACAAGCGGAGCACUGAAGGCCUUACUUGCCCAAAGCUUGCAAUUAAAUAAUGGAGACACAUUUAUUUACAUUAAUGGUAAAGCAGAUAUAGUUAUAUAAAAUGCAUUGUACUGUAAUUCACAAUUCUUAUUUUUGUAUGCAACCAAAAUAAUUUCCAAGCUAGCUAGCCAGCUACUAUAUUAAUUGCCCCUUUUUUUUUGUUCUCCUCUGAUGUCUUUCUUUCCUGCCUAAUUUCCAUGAGAAGAAUGAAAUAGAAGAGAUGAGGACAGAGAUGGAUGAGAUGCGAGACACUUUCUUUGAAGAGGAUGCCUGUCAGCUGCAGGAAAUGCGCCAUGAACUGGAGAGAGCCAAUAAGAAUUGCAGGAUCCUGCAAUACCGCCUGCGGAAGGCAGAGCGCAAAAGACUCCGCUAUGCACAGACUGGGGAGAUAGAUAGUGAGCUACUGCGUAGCCUGGAGCAGGACUUAAAGGUGAAGUAUAGUUAGCAGUUGAAUUUUUAUUGCAGUGACAGCCACUCAAGUUCUGUCUGCUUAAUUAUAAUUAUUACUAUUUAUAAAGCACCAAUAAAUUCCUCAGCGCUGUACGAUGGGAGGACAAGUAUUUGUAACCAGACGAGUUGGACACACAGGAACUGAGGAGGUUAAGGGCCUUCUCGAAUGAGCUCACAUUCUAGAGGGAUUGAUGUAUAGUGACACAAAAUGUUAGCUAGGGUAAAAAAAGUACGUUAGAUUUUUAAUUGGAUUUUUGUUUAUACACUAGUGGAGUAAGCAACAAAAAUGUAUAUCAUUUUCUAGCCAUAUAGCAUGAGUCAAACUUUCAAGUCCCAUUCUACUAAUUAGGCCAACAAACGUACUCUCUACUGAAAAUCUCAAACUGCUACAUGUGACUGGGCAACAUGACUGAGUUACGUAGUAAGGAUAAAGGCUAAAAUAGUCUCAAGUCCAUCACGUUCAGCCUGUUAUCUGUGUUUCUGUGGUUGAUUCAAAAUAAGUGGAGAAAACAAGAAAAAAAAAUAAUUUUGACUGCCAUUUGGCAGUUGAAUUUUUCCAUGGAUCUGCCAGCUGUUGUUACACAUUACUUUUUGCAACUCCCAACAUUCUUAACAUGUGAAUGCACACUAACUUUUGAACUUAAUGUUUGUAGUUGUUACUGCUAUGGCAAUUACAUAGCAUCACAUACUAAGGAAAUAGAUCAUAUAUUGUAUAAAUUAAAUGUAUAUCAUGUAGUACAUUGUACAUUGUAGUACAGAGCAGCGGGAGAGCAGAACAUUGUGAACUUUGCAGUGAUAAACACUUAAUCUUUUAAAGGGACGUCCACAUUGAAACAACUGUCUAAUUCAAAAGCUUUAGCUUUGAAUGAGAGAGUUGUCUCAUUCUGCAGGCUGAAAAGGCAGGUAAAUAUGAUUUUUUUCUUCCUUACACUUUCCACACCCACUGUAGGGGGGACACUGAUCUAACCCUAGGAAUGCCGGAAAAGCGCAUGAACAAUUGGAAGAUCUUGCAAUAUCAUCAGUGAUGUUGCAGAGGACUAAGAACCACAUCUGAGAUGUUCUACGUGGGUUGAUUUUCCUCCACUACACUCUGGGAUGGUCUGUGCGACAGAUACAAUAUACAUAGCUGUGUCUGUUUUUAUUGUAUUGAACAGUGGCAGAUAUGGAUGGCAAUGAACUGAGGGCUGGAUAAAUAUGGCUUCUUAUUCUGGUAAAAACAUUAUUUUUAUCUACAGUGUAUGUUUUUGUGUGGUGGAGCUGGGAUGUGAUUAUGGCUUGUGCAAUGCAUCUGCAGGUGGGUGAAGAUAUAAAGGGAGCUGACUGCUUAUAUUCACGUGGGAGUGGGGCAUGAGAAAGUGAAAGUUACAGAAACCAGCAGUUUAGCGCUUUCUAUUGACCCCAGGUGUGGUACCAUUGAAAGGUUGCAGAAUGGAGAGCAUCAUAAGCAACAAUUAGCAAUUCAGUAACCUUUACAUGGCAACUCCUAUGAUCCAGUCUGUAGUUGGUUGAGGAUAAAUGGAGUUGAAUUCUCCAGAUAUGGCAAUGGCAGGGAAAGCUAAUUUCAAGGAAAUGUUGUACACACUGCACGGUGAGGAUAUAUACAUAUGAAAGUUAUAUAGAACACAGUCUCCAGUUAUAAGCCCAAGGAUUUUCUCUGAUGGGUACAGUUGGCUACAACAUAUCCAUUUUGCACAUAUAUGCUGUGUAUUUAUUUAUUUAUGGAUAUGAAAUAUCAGUAAUACAUUUUUAAAAGUAAAAUAAAAUGCUAAUGCAUUUGAUUACUUUGAUAAAAUUUUACCCCAUAAGAAGAUUUAUGACAGCCGUGCACAUGCAAAGUUGCCAAGAUUGAAAUCAACAAUUUUUCAAGAAUGUCAAUAAAACAUAUUUUACAGUUAGUGAUCAGCUGAUCUAAUCAGGAGGUGCUCAUUCUGUUGAGGUCCUGGCAGAUUAAAACAGAAAUGUGGAUUCUGUGAUAGACAAACUGAUACCUUUUUAGGUAAGGGAAAUAUUUUUCUAACAGAAGGAUGAGCACUGACGGGACUUAGUGCAAUGACAUGUCACAGAAGUUUAUUUUGUAUACUUUGCAAAGUUGUUAAUGUUUCAGACUACGCAUGGUCCUUUCUCAAGACUUGAACUUGUUAUUAAUUUCAGAAAUUGAAGUACUCCAUGCACUGGUAUGGUGAGGGCUAGUGGCUGAUGAGCAUAGUUUUAAAAUCUCUAUGGAACUUUAAACUGAUGGUUUCCAACUUUUCUGAUUAGCACUGCAAAUAUUAGCCAUUUAUCUACUGUUACCUACCAGUUUUAUGGUACAUUGGUUGCUUAUUUCAAGUUCAUACCACAAACUUGAAUUGCAAUAAUAUGUAUUUAAAAGAAGCAAUAAAAAUAGCCUAUCAAUAUGAUUUUUUAUGUUAAAGUUAAAAUGUUAAUUCCCAACAUAUUCUUUAUCUUUGUACAGUAAUACUAUGAAUUCAGAUAACAGUGAUAACCUUUUAGACAAUGCUUGAAUGUAUAUGGGUAAUUAUGCCGCAGCUACCGGAUUACUAUAUAACGUAUUAUUAAUAUGCCAUCUCUUUGUGUAUUAGUAAACCCUUGUCAUAAAGUUUUAUAAUUUGACCAAAACUACAAUGAUUCACUUCAAUAACCAGUUAUGGUUAUAUCAUAAUUGCUUACUGUAUAUAUCAAUUAGCAUUUAACAUGUUGGGUAAGUGUUCCCCAUCGUACUAUAAGCAACAGUGAUUGUUCCUCUUAAGAAUUUCUCCCAAGAUUUGAAUGAGAAGAUUCGUCGAAUUCUUGCAUUUCCAGUCUGAUGUUGACUGUUUUAGAACUCUUACUUCAUUGUGUGAUAGUGACUGAAUAUUAAAGAUAGUAACCUUUGUAUUUAUAGUUCCACUUAAAAAUAACACACCACGUGUUUUCCUUUAGGUAGCCAAAGAUGUAUCUGUGAGGCUUCAUCAUGAACUAGAAAAUGUAGAAGAAAAACGCACCAAAACAGAAGAAGAAAACGAAAAAUUACGCCAACAGCUUAUUGAAGUUGACAUAACCAAACAGGCGUUGCAGAAUGAGCUGGAGAAGCUCAAAGAGGUUGGUCCAAAUCCGCAUUCCUUCUUCUUUUCAACACACCCUACCAAGCUCAUUUUGCUUAAUGCAACAGAGUUGUUUCAUGCUGCAGCACUUUCUACCAUCCCCUGACGUGUUCUGCAGAGUCAGCAACACACAAAAUAGUUGAUGAUUCAUUCUGCACACUCAUGGGAAUCAGUAAGUCUUCAUCUCUUCACUUUAGCUCUGCUUUCAUACCGAGUAAGAUAUAUUUAGUUACUACUUUGGCUCCUGACAUCUAUCAAUAAUACAUUUGGAUAUCUUUAACAUGAAAUAUAUAUAUCUUAUUCUUUAUUCAUUCAAUCUCCUGUAAUGUUUGUUAAGACAUUGGCAGUUGUGAUGUCUAUAUGCCACUGUUAUUUUUUAUUCCUCCUUUAGCCUCCCUUCAUUCCUGAUUUGUUGGGUAGACUUAACAUGACUAGAAUUUUUACUAGAAAAAAAGAUUUAAUUGUGUCUUGUUAAAAAUAAUAUAUUAUCUAUGCAUACUCAAAUUGGCAUAUUUGGUUGCUAGGGCAGUCAUGAUAUAAAGACUGCCCUCACUCAAUGACUGGUUAUACUACACUUUGCUUUUUCUUUGUUGAAAAAAUAGGCCAUGUAUAAAAGCCAAGUUCAUCUGGGAUGUGCAGUGUUGCAGGUUUUUACUGGUUAAUAUACCAGUAAUGCAUAAAGAGUUAAACGUACAUCUGUGAAUGCCACCCUUAACCCCAUGCCGUUGGGUUGACAGCCUGUUCGUGAAUAUUUUUAAGAGUGUUUCUUUGAGAAUCAAAUCUAACAAUUUUAGCUCAAGGUUUUUCAAAUAUGCUCACAUCCCUCCUCCCUCAAUUGGACAUAUUAAUGCCCUUGCUUUGUCUCUCUGCUGGAUUUAUCUCCUUAAAUCCCAUAAAUUACACAUUUAAAAAAAUAUUUAGUUAUUUAUGUUUUUGUUUGUAAUGCACAUAUUUGCCUUUCUUAGACCAUGUACUUUUAAGUUGCCAAAUACAUUACGGUUUAGCAUGUUUUUUUCAAUAUUUUCAGUGAGAACAAGUGAAAUGGGUAAAAAGGGAAUUAUGCAAAUACAUUAAUUAUUGAACACUUUCUGUAUACUGCACUGUUCCUGCAAUAUGCACAGUGCACAUCUAUUGUCCAUAACGGUUGCAGAUGUGCACUGUUAGCUUAGUAAAAUAUCAUAUUACUGGAGAAUUAAGCUCGCUUUGUAAUACAAUUACACUGGUUAUAUUGUUUCUUAAAUAGUUUUAAUCAUCCAUUUAGUUGUCUCUUAAAAGAAGAGGAAGCAAAGAUGCCCAAAAAUCGGAAAAGAAAUCUCAACAGACUCCACAAGAGGUAUGUGAAUUAUUUAAAUUUUUAUGAUACAAUAUUGGGAUUAAGUUGCAGAUGGAAAGAUUGACCAAAUCUAAUACAUAUACAGAAAAAAAAUGUUGGCAAAGCCAUCUUGUUUUUAGAAUUGAAAAACUUUAAACAACAACGAUUGAAAACCUUGCCAAGGACGUGCAGAAAGAUCUUUUGGUAUCAGAGACGUAACUGGAAAUCACAGGGCCCCGGUGCGAAAAUUGCCCUGGGGCCCCCCCAUACAUCUAACCCCCACCCCUUACGUCAGUGCCCCCCAUACCUCUACCCCCCCCACACACACAUGCAGACAAACAGAUACACACGCAGACACACACCUAUACACACAAACACACACAUACAUACAGACACACAGACACAUACAUACAAACACACACACACACAUACCAACAGAGACCCAUACAUACAGACACACACAGAGGUACGUAUAUACAGACACACAUACAUACAUACAUACACUAAGACAUGUAGACACACAGAGAGACACAUAAAGACAGACACACACACGUACAUACACAUACACACAGACAUACAGACACGCACACACAUACAGACACCCAGAUAUACUGAUACAGACAUUCUCUAUCACACACACACACAAACUGUUAAAACAAUUUAGUGACUUACCUGGGGUCCAGUGGCUGCCUCAUGCUGAUGGGAGUCAGAGCUCCCACUCUGACUCCCUCUUCUCCUCCUGCGCGACGCUCUGUUGGCUAGGAGGAGGUGACGGCUUCCUCCCAGCUCUGACAUCAUCAUUGGGGCCCGGUCACGCUCUUAAAGCGCCGCAGUGCUGUCUGGGCCCCAGGAAAUCUAUUACCACCCGUUGGGGUCGCAGCAAAAUGCUGGCGGGCAUCCCGGCUGCAGGUGUUGGCAGGGCUGCCGGGCCCCCUUGAAUGACGGGCCUGGUCGCAGCUGCGACCCCUGCGACUGUGGUAGUUCCGCCAGUGUUUGGUAUAAGAUUUUCCAAGACCACCUGGAUUCACACAUUUUGAUUUUUCUGCUGAGUUAGAAGGGAAUCCACUUUAAAUUUCACAUUUUCCAGGCUCCUUGUGAUUACUGCGGUUAGUCACAGAGAGGCCUUUUAGCAACCAAUAUGGAACAAGCCUUGAAUUUUGCCUCUUUCCAAGGUGAGUAAUCUCUGGGAGAGGGAUUACAUGUUUUAUCGUAAGCUUCCCUUAUCUGUACUGACUAUAGAUUGAACUUUUAAAACUCCCUUAACCCCUAAAGGAUGAAAACAAUUGUCCAAAUCAAAACAAAACGUAGAAUUUGAACUUUAUGUCUGUUCAACCAUAAUUUACCUCUUUCAAAUUAAGUGCACCCACACUUUUUAUAUAUCAUUUUGUUUAGGAAAAAUAAGCUUUUAUUUCACAUCAAAUAAUUAUGAAUUAAUCCUAAUUUAAUAUGAAUAAUAUCUAAAAAAAAAAAAAGUGAGAGUAGAUAAGAAACUUUGUUAUUUUCCAAGUUCUGCGUGGCAUUUUAACUGUUGAAUUUUAUAAUACCGUUAGCCUUUACUGCAAUAAAAUACACAUAUUUGUAUACUGUGAUAUCCAACAAGUACAAAAAUGCCGAUAUACAUGUACAGGUUUCCUUGUGUUUUUUAAAGUUUCAAGAUCACAUAAAGAGCUUGCCUAUUUCAGUUUUUACACAUUGAUAUUUGCCAGAUUGGUUUGUUGGGCCUAUGUUUUCUUUGUGACAGUAUGGCAGCCGAAGAAGGAAAUUUACCCCCAUCAUGGCAUACAAUUUGCAAAAGUAAAAAAAAACAGGGUCUUCAAAAUUUGGUAUUGAGGUAGGAAAGCCAGCAUACAAUAAAUAUGCACUAGUAUACGUUAAUACAGAAAAUGGAACAUAACUCAUCUGGUAUAUUAUAUUUGCACCUGGGGAAUUGUGUAGUCCUUACUAAUGCCAUUUGCCUCCAAUUGAAGAUUGUGGCUUAGGACAACAUCAGUCAGCAGCUGCAAAGCUCCAGAAAAGAAGAAUUUUUAAAAAUUUCAUUUGUAUGAAAGAUAAGAACAGUGAUUCUUUGUGUUACAUAAAUUAACAUAUCAAUAGCUAAUAUUAGUUCAGACUUAGGAUAUUCAAUAUAACCUAGAUAUUUAUUUAUUACAUGUUAGAGAUAAGUCAAAAAAUGUAUAGGUACCAUUGAGAAAAGUUCUUAAUAUAUAAGUGUAAAUAUCACAGAUUUGCCCAUCUUGGCCCCCUUCAAGAAAGGAGUAUCUUUCUGGAAUGUCAGUUUGGGUUUUCAAAGGUUUAUCAGGUUAGUGCACCUCCUGCUAAUCCAGAUUGUUUACCAUGUAGAUUUGGAUACAUUUGACAUUGUUGUUUUUUAAAGGAUAGAAAAUACUUUUAUUUAAUAUCUUGUUCACCGCUAACCCUACAACUAACUAUAACCAUAAUCCUACCCUAAUACUAACUCUAACCCUACCCUAUUUUACCCAUAACUCUGCCAUAACUAACCUUACCAACUCAAAAUCUAAGGAAACCCUAUGCUAACAUCAAUUCUGAUGUUAGAAAAAGAGUUUCUUAUUUAACACAAUAGAUAGUGGUCUGUUAUACUCAGUGUAAUUAUGAAUGGAGCCCUCUUUCCAAGCUACUUGCACUGUGUACAGGUUAUGGGCAGCUGGCAAAGCCCAGCACCAAAAGGAAUACAUAUAUUCUUUAGCACUAUAAAAUAUAUUUUGCAAAAUAAAAGUUUGGUGGUUUCGAAAGAGCUGUCUGCACUUGUUCAACACCGUUUUAUUUUAGACAGCAAACUGAUCAGCAGAAUUGUGAUACGAUUGACUGUCAAUCGUAAAAAUAUGGUACAUCAAACCCAGCAUAUUGUAGAAGGGGAAAAAAAGUUUUGUCCAACUUGUAGCAUGUUAUUGAGCACAAUGGCCCUGAGCAGAAGCCCAAGUUAAAUCAGCAAUUUUAUAGAUAAAAGCCUUUGAAAGGUAUGUUUAUAUGUUUACUUACUUUAUUUUUUUUCUUCUGAUGAGGAGGACAGUGAAGAUUUGAAGUGUCAGCUGCAGUUUGUCAAAGAAGAAGCUAUGUUGAUGAGAAAGAAAAUGGCAAAAAUUGACAAGGACAAAGACAGAAUUGAAUAUGAGUUGCAGAAAUACAAAUCGUUCUAUGGGGAUCUUGAUAGCCCUUUACCAAAAGGAGAAGCAAGUGGUCCUCCCACAACAAGAGAGGCUGAACUCAAAUUACGACUUCGUUUAGUAGAAGAGGAAGCUAACAUACUUGGCAGGAAAAUUGUGGAACUGGAAGUUGAAAAUCGAGGUCUGAAGGCAGAAUUGGAUGAUCUCAGGGGAGAUGACUACUCUAGUGCAUCAAAUCCUCUUAUGAGGGAACAGAGCGAGUCUGUGUCUGAGUUGAGACAGCACUUGCAACUUGUUGAAGAUGAAGCUGAAUUGUUGAGACGGAACCUUUCUGACUUAGAAGAGCAAAACAAGCGCAUUACUGCAGAAAUGAAUAAGUACAAAUUCAAAGCUGGAACCCAUGAAAGCUCUCGACAUAAUGACAAUGUGAAAACAGACGUCUUGCAGGAAGAACUAAAAACAGCACGUCUACAGAUCAAUGAACUUAGUGGUAAAGUUAUGCAGCUACAAUAUGAAAAUAGAGUGCUCAUGUCCAACAUGCAACGCUAUGAUCUUGCCUCUCAUCUAGGUAUUCGGGGAAGUCCAAGAGACAGUGAUGCAGAAAGUGACACAGGAAAGAAAGAAAGUGAUGAUGACACACGCCCUCCCCAUAGAAAGCGGGAGGGUCCUAUAGGUGGUGAAAGCGAUUCAGAAGAGGUUCGAAAUAUUCGCUGUCUUACUCCCACCAGAUCUUUCUAUCCUCCUGCAACUGUUUGGCAGAAGAAUUUUGCUGAGAGGCAACAGAUGAAAGACAUUCGUUCUGAAGCAGAGAGACUAGGAAAGACAAUUGACCGUCUUAUUUCAGACACAAGUACCAUUAUCAGUGAAGCCAGAAUUUAUGUUGCCAAUGGUGAUCUCUUUGGACUGAUGGAUGAGGAGGAUGAUGGAAGCAGAAUCCGUGAACAUGAGCUUCUGUAUCGGAUCAAUGCACAAAUGAAGGCUUUCAGGAAAGAACUUCAGACCUUUAUUGACAGACUAGAGAUUCCAAAGUCCUCUGAAGACCGAGGUGCUGAAGAACCUCUCUCAGUCAGCCAGGUAUGUAAAUGUUUAAGUCAAAAUGGAUCAUGUGAGGUGUUUCUUACACUUUUAUUGUAGGUUAGAUGGCACUAGUGCCCUCUAGUGCCCAUUUAAGUCAAAGCAUGUUUCAUAUAAUGUACCUAAAUAUAGAUGAAUGCAGACACUUAAUAUUCUUUUUAUUACACUUAAUUCAUUCUUCAGCUCCUGCUAAAACCCUUGCUUUUCCCUUAGAAACAUACAGAAUAUGUAAAAUAUAAGAAAAUAAUGUAGUUGUGUGUGGAAUAAAAAAAAUAAUAAAAUUAUGCUAAGAACAACUACAUAAAAUAAUGUAACCGUAAAAAUAGUAAUGGGAAGUAAGUGUCCAAAAGGAUAGUUUUUUAAUAAAUGAAAUAAAUUAUAAAUAAUCAAUUAUAAAAGGGUAAUGUAUUCAGCAAACUUUAUAAGUAUAUAUAAACAGAACGCCACAAAUCUAUAGCAUGUCGGUCAAUAUAUAAACAGAAUGCCACAAAUCUAAACACAUAUGCAAAUGGAAACUCGUAUAGUGUAGUAAAUUUUAUGACACUCCUGCAUCUAUAAGAAAAUUGCUCACUAGCAACUUGUUCAAAUCACAUCCAAAAAGCCGCAUACAUACUAACAGCUCCUAAAGAAACAGUUAUGCCAGUCCAUGCAGCAAACGUGUUCACCUCAACGAGGAAAAACAGUGAAUCGCAUUUGCAGCACAGACUGGCUUAAAGGGACACUAUAAUCAUCAGAACUACUACAGCUUAAUGUAGUUGUUCUGGUUUGUAUAGUGUGUACCUGCAGGCUUUUUAAUGUAAACACUGUCUUUCAGAGAAAAGGCAGUGUUUACAUUACUGUCUAGUAGCACCUCUAGUGGCAGUCACAUAGACGGCCACUAGAGGUGCUUCCUGGCUCUGCAUGGAGGCGCUGAACGUUCCUCAUAGAAAUGCAUGGAUUCAAUGCAUUUCUACGAGGAGAUGCUGAUUGGCGCAGUGAGGCGGUUUUCCUAUGGGAACACAUUGGAUUGGCUGAGAUAGUCAAGUUUAAUGAUCUCAGCCAAGGAGGCAAAGCAGGGGUCGGGGCCUGCCUCAAAGAGACCCGUGUUUCACUGGAAUAAAGAGAAAAUCACCUUUUACUUUGCUGACAGGGGGGCCAGGGACCUAGGUGUGUUUUCACAGCUAUAGUUACAGGAAUACAUGUAUGUAUUUCUCUCACAAUAGUGUUUCUUUAACUUUAAAGGAUCACUAUAGGGUCAGGAACACAAAAAAAUUAUUCCUGACCAUAUAGUGAAAACCCACCAUUUAGGCAUCUUGUCGUCGUCGUCCCCUCCCCCCCUUUAGCCUCCUCAGAAUGGGUUAAAACUCACCUUAUUUUCAGCUCUCCACAGGUUUGCCAGCGCUGGCCCCGCCCCCUUGGGGACAUCAUCAAAAGUGCCGAUUUUUAGCCCAUGGGGAAAGCAUUGGAUUGGCUAAAAUCUGCAAGUGGCGGGGUCAGACACUGUUUUGGCCAAUCAUCACCUCCUCAUAGCGACGCAUUGAAUCAAUGCAUCUCUAUGAGGAAAAUUCAACAUCCCCAUGCAGAGCGUGGGGAUGUUGAACGGCAGGACUGCUUACUGUGUAGCCCUGAGCCAGGAAGCCCCUUCAGUGGCCAUCUGAGGAGUGGCCACUUGGAGGUGUCCCUAGGGGGGAAUGUAAACACUGCCUUUUCUCUGAAAAGGCAGUGUUUACAUGAAAAUGCCUGAAGGGAGCUAUUAUACUCACCAGAACAACGACAUUAAGCUGUAGUUGUUCUGGUGACUAUAGUGUUCCUUUAAGUUGCUUGCAACUAUUUUUCUUAUAGAUGCAGGAGUUUAAUGAAAAGUUAUUACAAUAUGGGAGUUCCCUUAUGUGCUUACUUUCAGUUUUGUUGAAUUCCGAUCUGUGUUACUCUGCUUUAGUGAAUAGAAAACCCUAUUGACAUUUUGUUUCAUUUAACUGGUAAUAACUACACAUUGGACUGUUUUGAUGUAAUUUUAUGAAAGGAGAAGACUACCUAAAUGGUGCAUGCAGAUGUAAGACAAAAGUUUAUAUUACUUUAAAUUUGUAUGUAAUGUUCAUAUAGUCCUAUUGAUGAGUACGUAACAGUUGUUUUUUUCUUAACAGUGAUUGACUGCAGCUUUGACUGUAAAAUAUAUAUUUUAUGGUUUUAUUUAUUUAUUAAUUUAUUUAACUUUUGUUUUAUAGUUUUGUUUCUAUUUAUUUAUUUUUUAAAUAAAGCCCGUUUUUUUGUUACUAGAAGAAGAAACAUUCAAAAGUAACCAGCAAAUAAGCAAUAUCAAAAAAACAUUCAGUUGGGUCUGGAAAUAUUUGGACACUAACACAAGUUUUGUUAUUUUGGCUGUUAACCAAAAUAAAUUCAAGUUACAGUUGAAUAAUGAAUAUGGGCUAAAAGUGCAGACUCUCAGCUUUACUUUGAGUAUAUUCACAUAUAAAUUACAGCUCUUUAAAAUGUAGCCCCCUCUUUUUCAAAGGACCAAAAGUAAUUGCACAAUUUACUCAAAGGCUGUUUCAUGGACAGGUGUGGGCUAUUCCUUUGUUAUUUCUUCAUCAAUUAGGCAAGUAAAGGGGUGUGGCAUUCGCAUUUGGAAGCUGUUGUGUGAACCCUCAAUAUACAGUCAAAUGAGCUCUCAAUGUAAGUGAAAAAGUUCAUCCUGCAAAAAAAAAAAAAAAAAUGAGAGAUAGCAGAAGUUAACAGUGGCCAAAUCAACAGUCUGGUACAUUCUGAUAAAAAAAAAUAAUGCACUGGUGUGCUCUGCAAUAUAAAAAGGCUUAGACGUCCACGGAAAACAACAGUGGGGGAUUAUCGUAGGCUCCUUUCCAUGAUAAAGAAAAGCUACUUCACAACAUCCAGCCAAGUGAAGAACACUCUCCAGGAGGUAGGCAUAUCAUGAUCCAAGUCUACCAUAAAGAGAAGACUUCAUGAGAGCAAAUACAGAGGGUUCACCACAACUUGCAAAUAGUGAUGGGAGGGUCUGGGAGGGAGGGUCUGCUGCUGAUUGGCUGGAAUGUGUCUGCUGACUGUGAGGUACAAGGUCAAAGUUUAUGUUUAUGUUCGCCGUCCGUGGCAAACCGUUCGGGACAUCACUACUUGCAAACCAUACAUAAGCCUCAAACAUAGAAAGGCCAGAUAAGACUUUGCCAAAAAAAUAUCUAAAAAAGCCAGCCCAGUUCUGGAACGGUAUUCUUUGGGCAGAUGAAUCUAAGAUUAACCUGUGCCAGAAUGAUGGGAAGAAAAAAGGAUGGAGAAGGCUUGGAAUGACUCAUGAUCCGAAGCAUACCACAUUAUCUGUAAUACAUGGUGGAGGCAGUUUGAUGGCAUGGACAUGCAUGGCUUCCAAUGGCACUGGGUCACUAGUGUUUAUUGAUGAUGUGACAGAAGGCAGAAGCAGCUGGAUAAAUUCUGAAGUAUAUAGGGAUAUAUUGUCUGCUCAGAUUCAGCCAAAUUCAGCGAAGUUAAUUGGAUGGCGCUUCACUUUAUAAAUGCACAAUAAUUCAAAAUAUACUGCGAAAGCAACCCUGGAGUUUUUAAGGCUAAGAAGUGGAAUAUUCUGCAAUGGGCGAGUCAAUCACUUGCUCUCAAACUGAUCGAGCAUGCAUUUCACUUGCUGAGGACAAAACUUAAGGCAGAAAGACCCACAAACAACAACUGAAUACAGCUGCAGUAAAGACCUGGCAAAGUAUCACAAGAGAGUAAACCCAGCAUUUGGUGAUGUCCAUGCGUUCCAGGCUUCAAGGAGUCAUUGCCUGCAAAUGAUUCUGGACAAAGUAUUAAAAAUUAACAUGUCAUUUGUGAUUGUGGUCAUUUGUCCAAUUACAAUAAGGGGACUGUGUAUGCAAAUGGUUGCAAUUACUAAACAUUUCAUACAUUACUUUUGUUCAAUCCCUUGAAUUAAAGCUGAAAAUCUGUACUUCAAUUGUAUCUUGGUUCUAUCAUUUCAAAUCCAUUGUGGUGGUGUACAGAGCCAAAAUUAUGAAAAUUGUGUCAGUGUCCAAAUUUUUCCGGUCACAAUAGUCUCCAAUCAGAUUAUUUCCAAUAAAAAACAGCACCAAGAACUUUUAGAGCAGCAUUUGAUUGGCACAGAGUGGUGAUUUGCAAUGCUCAAUCUUGAUGAUCUCAGUCACAAAGGCAGAGCAGUUGCGACGAGGCCAGCACGGCGAGGGAAGAAAUGUAAGUAAAGCUCACCUUUCAAACCCUCAGGGGGAGACGUCUAAACAGGUAGGGGAACAUUUUAGCGUUAGGAAUAUAUGUUUGCAUUUCUAACACUAUAGAUUUUCCUUUAAUAACAAGAAGUUUCACACAGCUAAAUGUACAUGCUUUACUUAUCCAAAUGUGAAUGAAUGAUAUUUUGUAAAGGCCAGUAGAUUUCUAUAACAUUAACUAUGGGUUAAAAUUUUCUUACAUACAAUUCUUAGUAGUUUUCAUUUAUAUAUAUAUAUAUAUAUAUAUAUAUACACACACAUUUAAAUGGCAUGCCGGGCAUUUAAAUAACAUUGACUUGCAGUGCUGUGUGCAAGAAUUGCCUGAGUGCAGAUAUAGUCAUACAGAAUUUAUAUGCAGAUGCAUUAACAGACCUGGAGCAUCAUAAGAGACAGUAACCCUGAAUUUGGAAGUGCUGCAGAGUUAAGUAUGUUUUUUACUUAACCUCUGCAGUCCAGUAUUCACCCCAGUUAACAUGUUAAAGGACCACUAUAGUGCCAGGAAAACAUACCCGACGGGCUGGAUGGCGAGGAUAGGGUUAAAUCUUACCUCUUUUUUUUCCAGCGGCGGGCGGGGAGCUCUCCUCCUCCUCUCCUCCUCCUCUCCUCCUCCUCUUCGGCUGAAUGCGCAUGCGCAGCAGGAGCUGCGCGUGCAUUCAGCCAGUCUCAUAGGAAAGCAUUCAUAAUGCUUUUCUAUGGACGCUGGCGUCUUCUCACUGUGAUUUUCACAGUGAGAAGCACGCAAACGCCUCUAGCGGUUGUCAAUGAGACAGCCACUAGCGGCUUUAGAGGCUGAAUUAACCCAUUUAUAAACAUAGCAGUUUCUCUGAAACUGCUAUGUUUAUUAAAAAAGAGGGUUAAUCCUAGAGGGACCUGGAACCCAGACCACUUCAUUAAGCUGAAGUGGUCUGGGUGCCUAGAGUGUACUAGGGAGAAUUGAGCUUUGACUUCCACUUAAAUUGACAAUUUCAGUUUAAUAAAAAAGCACCAAAGACUUUCAAAUAAUCAUUCUGUAUGUAUAUUUUAGUUCAUGCUUGUAUGCUAUAAAUAAAACAUUGGAUUUCUGUUUUUGUAUUUCUGGGCCAAGCAGUUCAUAUUUUCUGCUGUUCUCUUGCUUACUGUAUAUGUAAAAUGGUUUAAGAAAGCACAGUUAGUGAUUAAAUGUUUCUGUCUCUGUAUUUACCUCCCCAGAUGUUCCAGCCUAUCAUUUUACUAAUCCUCAUCCUAGUAUUAUUUUCCUCUCUUUCCUACACAACUAUAUUUAAGCUCGUCUUCCUUUUCACCCUAUUUUUUGUCCUGUAAACCCUUUUCACUAUUUUUUUUGUUCCAUGUAGUGUUUCUUUCAGUUAUGUUUUAUUUUGUCCACUCAUCAAAAUAAGAAGUAUAAGAAAUAUUGUUUCUGCCUGUGCUACUGAACCAACACUGAAGACUAAUUUGUACAAACUAGCAUUACAAUCAUCUCACAACUUUUACAAGUAAGUAAAUUAUUUUCUUCUAUAACUGCUGUAUUUGCCAAAAUAAAUAUUUGGAUAAGAAACAGAUGCAUAAGGGAUGAUAAAUAGUUAGGAGAAACUGUCAGAAACAUUUUUGAGAGCAGUUUGACAAACAUCACGGCUCUCCUCAGCACCCAAACACAACCUCUAUUGGCCACACUGAUAAUGUGGGAUUUAGUCUUCUGCAUUAUCAGUUUUGUCAGACCUGGAUGCUGGUAAUAUGAACUAUGGGUGAGUUAGUUCCUAAACAGUAAUACAAAACAAUAAUAUACACGCUGUGAAAGACAAAUACGUAGCUCUAAAACACCUAAAAAAGUGGUAUCCCUUACACCACUAAAAACAUAAUACAAUACAUACAGAGUUAUAGGUGGAGCUGUGGAGUGUCUUGAACAAUCUGAAAAAUAGAAUAUAUGCAAAUAGCGUAGUAUAUCUAUACAAUAUAUAGCAUAUAAAAAAUGAGAAUAAAAACACUCACAAGGAUAGAGUCAUACCGUCAUAUGACUCUAAAAGUAUGUUCUCUUGGACCAUUAGGGGGUUGUCCAAACCCUUCUUUUGUUGAUUGCUUGUUAUUUCUCCUGAUGGUCUUCAAUAAAGAUGCCCAGUAUACCAGGGAUCUUUGAAAAAUAAUUCUUGUUUAUUUGUAAUAUAUAGUCCAAGUCCAAAACUCAUUUUCAACUUUUAUAGACUUUUUAUUGGACUAUAUCUACACCCAAUAUUUAUUGGUUUAGUAUAUUGCCAUUUUGUUAUUUUAUUUACAAAUAAACAAGAAUUAUUUUUCAAAGAUCCCUGGUAUACUGGGCAUCUUUAUUGAAGACCAUCAGGAGAGAUAACAAGCAAUCAACAAAAGAAGGGUUUGGACAACCCCCUAAUGGUCCAAGAGAACAUACUUUUAGAGUCAUAUGACGGUAUGACUCUAUCCUUGUGAGUGUUUUUAUUCUCAUUUUUUAUAUGCUAUAUAUUGUAUAGAUAUACUACGCUAUUUGCAUAUAUUCUAUUUUUUAGUUCCUAAACAGUUUGACAGAAAUACAGGGGAUCGUUCACAGACACUUGUGUCAAAAUAAAUACUAAACUGAACUGUAGUGAUUUUGUUGUUUAAAGUGCUGCUCUAAAAAUUACGGUGUUGUUUUUAGCAUCUUAUUUCCCACAUCACUGAAGUGUACGAAAACCAGCUUCAUGCAUAUAACACUAAUCUGCCACAACAUUAAAACCACUGACAGGUAAAGUGAAUAAUAUUCAUUAUAUUGUUAAAAUGGUACCUAUCAAGGGGAUGUAUCAUGCAGCAAAUGAACAGUCAGUUCUUGAAUUUCAUGUAUUGGAAGCAGGCAAGCGCAAAGAUCUGAGUCACUUUGUUAAGGGCCAAAUAGUGAUGGCUAGACAACUGGGUUAGAGCAUAUCCAAAAUGGUAAGUCUUGUGGGGUGCUCCCUGUAUGCAGUGGUCAGUACCUAACAAAAGUGGUGCAAGAAAUGACAACCAGUGAAGCUGCCUCAGGUUCAUGGGUGCCAUGACUCAUUGAUGCACACAGGAGAGCUAAGGCUAGCACAACUGGCCUAAUCACGCAGAAGAGCUACUGUAGCUCAAAUUGUUGAACAACUUAAUGCUGGCCAUGAUAGAAAGGCGUCAGAGCACACAGUGCAUCGCAGUUUGCUGCUUACGGGGAUGCGUAGCCACAGACCAGUUACGGUGCCCAUGAUGACCCCUGUCUACCGCCAAAAGCUUCUUCAAUGGGGUCGUGAGCAUCAGCACUGGACCAUGGAACAAUGAAUGAAGGUUGCCUGGUCUGAUCAUGUUUUCUUAUAGAUCAGGUGGACAGUCGGGCACAUGUGCAUCAUUUACCUGGGGAAGAGAUGGCUACAAGAUGCACCAUUGGAAGAAUGCAGGCCAUCUGAGGCGGGGUUAUGUUCUGGGCAAUGUUCUGCUGGGAAGCCUUAGGUCUUGGCAUUCAUGUUGAUGGUAGUUUCCAAGUACCACCUACCUAGAGAUUGUUGCAGACCAAGUACACCCCUCUAUAGCAGUUAUGCACUCUACCACACAGCAGAGUUGUUCAGGAAUGGUUUGAGAAACAUGACAGAAAGGUGUUGGCUUUCAAAUUCCCAAUAUCUCAGUCCAAUUAAAUAUCUGUGGGUGGGCUGGAACAACAGAUCUGAUUGAUGGAGGCCCACUUCGCAACUUGUAGGACUUAAAGAGUCUGCUGCUAAUGUCUUGGUGCCAGAUACCAUAGGAAACGCUUAGAGGUCUUGUGGAGUCCAUGCCUCAAUGAAUCAGAGCUGUUUUAGCAGCACGAGGGAAACCUGCACGAUAUUUGUCAGGUGUUUUACAUUUUGUGGCUGGUCAGUGAAUGCGCUCCUGUAUGCGCUCCUCAAUUGAUCUGAGUUUGCACAUGAUCUCAUGCCAACAUGCUUGACUAGUGUGCAAUUGUCAGAACACUCCUAGGACCACUCCUAGGGCAACAGCUUCUUUUGAACAAUGUGGAGAGCAGCUUUAGCAUAGAAAGAAUAUACUAGUUCAUGUUCAGAAAAACAGGUUACUUGAGAGCUGUAAAUUAGACCUCAAACUAAGUUUACAGUCAGGGCAUACACACAAACUUAUUAUAGCAUAACUAAAAAUCUGAAUUUGGUAAUUUUAAAUGCUAAUCAUGACAAGUAUUGGGCAGGUAAUCAACUUUACACAACACCUUAUUUAUUGAAAGAUACCCAGCAGCUUAUUCAAUUAAUACGGCAUUGUGGUAAGUUCAUAUGUGAUGAAAUAAUUUUGAAACGUGUAUGUCAAAAUACUUUUCCAGUUUGGAUACAUAGUCAUAUUUUACAUUUUAGUUGUAAACAUACAGCCUCUUACCAAGCUCACAGGCUAAACAAUACACACCUCAGUUAGAUUCUCUUUUACCGGGGAAUAAUGCUGUAGCAUUUAUUUUUAUACUACAUAGAAUUAUUAUUUUUCUUGCCGAAUUAGUCCUGGGUCUCUUAUCAAAUUGCCAUGUUUGUUCUCUAGUCUUCCAAAGAUGUUGGACAUGCCUAGGACAUUGAGCAGAGUGACUUGAUUUCUUUUAUUGGCUUCUCAAAAUCAUUGUGUAAGCCCACUUCACCUUGCUAAUGGUAGGGUCCUGACAGGAAGGCUUGGUCCCUCAUGUGUGAAGUAGAAGAACAAGUUGAAUUGCCAUAUAAUACUGUCUUGCUCUGACAGUGGUUUCACAAGACUUCGCAACCACAAUGAAAAUGGAUAUAAAAGCAGUUUUCAUAUGACUGUUUUUUUAUCUAACAAAAAAUUCAAAUAGUAGAGUUUCUGCAGUCCAUCUAAUUUAUUAUAGGAAAGAUUUUUCAAUUCCUACAGAGCCAUGAAAUGUAGCAUGCUGUAAUAUAAAUCAUCAUGGUUUUGUUUUCUCUAGAGAAGACAUCACAGUGUUUUUACCAGUUAAAUAUUUCAUUGCUUAGAUUCCAGCAAUUAUUGCUGAAGAAUGGAUCUAAUUCCACAAGGGAUCAUAUACAUUGACCAUUGAUAUACAGUUCACAUAAAUCUAGCUUGUUGAGUAGUUGACCGAAGUCAACUGACAAUGUUGUUUCCAAUUUAUCAAUGCUGAAUCUAUUUAACUAGCCACAUAAACAAUUGUGACUUGGACAUUAGCCAGUGCUCAUAAUUUUGCAACCACCUGUUGCUUUUCAAAAUGAUGUGCUCUUUUUGCUGACAUCAUUUUAUGUCAGGCAAUUUUAACCUUUAUUAAGUGACCUGCAAGCAACACUGAGUUUCUUACCAGACAUGCUUUGUUUUAAGCAAAAAGGAAAGAAAAGGUUAGCGCUAAUAAUAACUAUAUAAAAAAUGAAAAUAAAGGCAGCGGCCUUAUAGAGGGUCACCCUCUACAAUAGGAAUAUAUACAAAAACAGAAAAUAAGGCUGCGCCAAGAGAAAUAAAAAUAAGUCCAAUUAGUAAAAAUAUUCAAAUAAGAGAGUCCCAAUGGUAGGUGGUGUAUCAAUUGGUAUGGUGUCUUCCUUAGUAGUGGUCGUCCGUCUCACGAUAUGAAAGACACAAUGGGAGAGAGCCAAUUGUGCAGAGUGUAUAAAUAAGUGAUAUGUGAAUAAAAUAUAAAUUACACACUCACAUUGCCAUGAGCUAGGACCAGCUCAGGUAUGAUGGGCAUACGGCGGAUAACCCUCCGCUUGUAGGGGUACUUUUCCUCCUGGAGCGUCCUGGUGUCCAAAUUCUCAGGGAAAGAAAAUAAAAACAGCCAAUAGUGCUCUCUGAUAAGAUGGUUUAUAAACAGGAUAAAAAAUAAAUAAAAUAUACUCACAAGUAGAGUGCAGGUCAAUCUGCACUCUGAUAUUCGCGUGGGUGGUAUAAUCCCCACCUUAGGAUAUGCCAGGAACAAUAAAUGAGGUUAAAAAUAUUAUUAAUUAUAAAAUUAUUUAUUAGUACAAUAUAUUUAAAACCAAUAACGCGUUUCACCAUGAAGGCUUUAUCAAAUUGGAAUUCCACUAUUGAGAGCACUAUUGGCUGUUUUUAUUUUCUUUCCCUGAGAAUUUGGACACCAGGACGCUCCAGGAGGAAAAGUACCCCUACAAGCGGAGGGUUAUCCGCCGUAUGCCCAUCAUACCUGAGCUGGUCCUAGCUCAUGGCAAUGUGAGUGUGUAAUUUAUAUUUUAUUCAUAUAUCACUUAUUUAUACACUCUGCACAAUUGGCUCUCUCCCAUUGUGUCUUUCAUAUCGUGAGACGGACGACCACUACUAAGGAAGACACCAUACCAAUUGAUACACCACCUACCAUUGGGACUCUCUUAUUUGAAUAUUUUUACUAAUUGGACUUAUUUUUAUUUCUCUUGGCGCAGCCUUAUUUUCUGUUUUUGUAUGCUUUGUUUUAAGACUCCCAAUUAAAGGGGCACUUUAAGCAACAAAACAACUUUAGCUUAAUGAAGCAGUUUUUGUGUAUAGUUCAUGCAAAUGCAAUCUCACUGCUCAAUUUAGGAGUUAAAUCACUUUUAUUUCUGUUUAUACAGGCCUAGCCACACCUCCCAUACCUGUGACUCACACAGCCCGCAUGAAAAAAUGGUUUCAUUUUCAAACAGUACAAUGUGUUUACUUUAUAAGUUUUUCUCUCCUGCUCUGUUAAUUGAACUUUAAUUACACAUAUAAAUAUCCUACAGGCUCUAGCAGGCUAUUAACUGAGCAUAAUAAUAAUAGUAAAUUAAAGCAUAAUAAUAAUUAUAAAUUAAACACACGGUGCAAUAAAGGAAGUUUAAACAUUAGAUCUCUUUUUACAGGAAAUGUGUAGGGAGACUGCAUGGGUCACAUGCAGGAGAGGUGUGACUGUGGUUGCAUAAACAGAGUGAAUUAACUACUAAAUGGCAAAGAAUUGAUAUAUGAGACUGCAGGGGAGCGAUUUAUAUACAAAAUCCACUCCAUUAAGUGAAGUUGUUUUGGUGCUGAUAGUGUUGCUUUGGGGCAGUGGUCUGUUCUCUUUUCUCACUUCAUUUGCAGAGGAAUGAGGCUUUGUUAUGUAACCAGAAGCACCUUCAAAUUUCAAAGAAAGAAAAAAAAUAGGCUGCCAUGGUCAAGGUUGUCUUUUUUUAAAAGUUUUAUUAUUUUGUACUGGUGCUCGUGGAAGGUUCAUUGGGGCCAAUGACUUUGUCACCAAUUGGUUUUAUCACAUCGGGAUAUGAGAAUUCAUGAUAUUACUGUAUUUUUCUGUGUAUAAGAUGACCUCUAUUUUUUGAGCCUAAAAUUAAGAAAUCAAUAUUUUUAACCUCAAAUAGAACCACUUUGAUAAUAUAGAGGUGACUUCUGAGGAGAACAACACACUUCUGAUUUCCAUGCCUCCCCUGUGCUACGGUACUCUGUGAAGUUAAUGGCUCUAUAGUGCAUGCUGGGAGACUACAGCUCCCACAAUACAACAGGUGGUGUGAGGGCAUGCUGGGACAUUACAGUAGUAUUCCUUCUGCUCCCUGAUGCCUAUUUGCUCCCCCGUAAAUAUAAAUCAGAAAGCAAGACUUACCUGAGGUGGAGCAACCCUUACUAUGGCUGCUCCUUUGAUGGUGUGGCAUAUCUCUGGAGCUAUGUUGGUGGUAAGUGCUGAUGUCUGCUGUCACUCCCACGCAUAUAGGGACCUCUUUCUCCUUGCCACAGCAUCCAGAAGUGGAUCGGCGGGAGGGAGUCCAGGUAUGUGUGUGGACCAUGGCACACUGAAAUGCGGCAGCCGCCAUCUUAACUGAGGCCCCGCGUACAAGUGUUUUUUUUUAACCCCUGCAGUGACAUUCCGUGUAUAAGACGACCCCCCAUUUUAGCCGAAAAAGAUUUAGAAAAAAACAUAGUCUUAUACAUGUAAAAAUACGAUACUUAGCUACAAGGUGGCGGUUAAAAAUAUAAAGCCUUGCAAAUGGAGAGUAGUCAAACCUCCCAACAAUCCUAUGUGGGAUCUGGACCCCAGGUGAAACAAGCUUUAAUCUAAUUGUAGGUAUUGAUGUUCGAGCUUUUUCUCAAGCUCUUCCACAAGGGGAGCCACACCUGUUUUAGAUGUCCAAUCUCCUUUCUGGGGUUUUCAACUACUUGAUUGUGUGCAGGGGCGUUGCUAUGUUAUUAAAAUAACUGUGGCUUCAGCCCCCCAAUAUAUAUUCAAGUAAGCCCCUAAAAUCCCACCCUUGAGUUCCAAUGAUUUAGCUUUUAAGUGAGAACAGAUAGCAGAUAGCUUCCUGGAUAGUUGGUUAAACUUAAAUACAGUUCAUUAGCCAUGAGUCAACAACCCUAUGGUAGGUUACUAGCAUCAUGCAAUUGUAAUAAUAUAAAUACAUGCUUCAAUCAAGCCAGUGUUUCCAUUUCCACUACCAAGCUGCUGCCACAUGACCUGCCAGUAAGGAUGUGUAAGUUAGAUAGUGCUAUAUUGGUGCCAGACACUAAAUGAGAGUGGUCUGACCACUGAAGUUCCAGCAUGUAGCUAUAGAGUGUUCAAUAACGACAAAGCUGACAGGAGCAUAGAAUGCAAAGAAACAAAGUAAAUCAGUUUUGUCUCUACUUCAGGAUUUUUAGAUACCACUCAAUAGGGCCUGGGCUUUAACAAAAAAUAGUCCCAUCCUGGCAAAAUUUAGCCAAAAAUGACUUAUUUAGAACCUUUUUUUGAAACUUGGCUAUUUUAGCCUAAAUUUUGCCAUUCAGAUUUCAAUUUAAGUUAUGGGAAUUAACAUCCUUCUACAUACUUGCAGCUUUCUUGGUCUCUGUGGCAUUGUUCUCUCUUCGAUUCACUCUAAACUUUCUAACCUGUCCUUUUCUGUGUCAUUUGUUGUUCACUACUCCUCUUCAAUGCCCCUGUCAGAGUACCUAAAGGCUCUGUCUUGGGUCAGAGCUUCAGAUAUCACCUUUGACGACACUCAGAUCUACCUCACCACCUCUGAUCUCUCACCUUCUGUCCUUUCUUGAGUCUGCAAUUACUUAUCUGGCAUUUCUUCGUAGAUGGCCUCUAAUCACCUAAAGAUAAAUAUGUCUAAGAUUGAGUUCCUUCUUAUUACCCCCUGUAGCUCUACUACAAUUUCGGACUUCCCUUCAUUGUUGAUGACAUUACUAUCUCCACAUCACUCCAAGUCUGCUUCCUUGUAGUUUAACUUGACUCCAAUCUGUCCUUCGUCCCACACAUCCAAUCACUUUCUUAAUCCUGCGACAACCACCUACACAAUAUUUCAUAUACUUAUAGCUGCCCUAACCACCUACACAAUAUACUUAUUCAUCCCCUUGUUAUUUCUCAUCUAGACUACUGCAAAAACCUACUAAAUGGCUUUAUCAACUCUUUCCAUGCUAGACUGUAAGACUUCUCUCACGUGUCACCAACCCUCUGGAAUGUACUUCCCCAUGCUGUCAGAUUUUCCCCUAGUUUUCUUUUCUUUAAGCACUUGCUAAAGACAUUCUUGUUUAGGGAAGCCUUCCACUCAUGCCAGCACAUUAAUUUAAAAAAGAAAUAGCCCAUGGGGGUCAUGUUAGUAUAAUGGAGGUUGUAGACUUAAUUUAAGCACCCACCUCCCAAACUACUCUUAUGGAUUAAAAGUCAUUAUGCUACAUGUAUUAAGCUUUAAAUAAAAUUACAGCUAAUUCAGUAAAUAAUCAACUAAAUUAGAUUUUUUAGAACUAUUUUUGUGUUUAGCUUGUUUAGGCAGAGCCCUCUUGACCUACUGUUCCAGUAUCUUAAACAUGUUUUGUUAGAAUUGUUUGUCUUUUUUUUUUUCUAUUGUACAGCAUUGCAGAAUAAGUUGCUAUAAAUUGUUACAAAUGGAACUACAAGUUCCAAAUAUGUUAAAAACAAGUGAACUAGAAGGGACUCCUUCUGUUGUUGCACAAUAUACUCCCUACCAAACAAUGAAAAAUCAUGGAAGCCAUUAACAUAACAAAACCUAAGAAGAUUAUCUUGUCUCCUACUGAUUCUUUGUACCAAUCAGAGAUAAGAGAGAAGGAGCACUCAAUUCCAUUAAAGAGACACUCCAGGGGGCGGAGCCUAACCUUUGAGCAGUUUAGACGGGCAGUGCACGAGCUCCUGCAAUUUGGGCCGAUUUUGGGGUGCUAACCCCAGCCACCAAGCUAAAAAGCCUCAAUAAGUGCACUGCCUAAGUCAGGGGUUUACAGUCAAGCUUCCUGAUACCUCACCUGACACUGUACACCGCCGGGAGCCUUUACCGUUCCGUUGCAGCCUACUGGGGACGGAAAGGGAGAGAGGCGGCCGAUCUCCCCGCUCUCCGGUUCGUAGAAGGGACCAGCUAGACUCCAAACCCCCACUUCCCCUUCUGGACUGGUGGGGAAUAUCCUGGUCCCCACUGGAUACUCACAUAUCAUCCUAGUGGCACCUACCGAGCUUUAAGAGACGCAAAAUGGUCAAGCUCCAACUUUACAAGAUGGCGGAUGCCUCCCUCGCUGAUUCCCAUGGCCCAGAUCCGGUCCACAGAGACUCAUGUGACUCUAUGGACCGCUUCCUACAACGGCUCAACGAGCAUUUCCAAAACUUCUGGGCCAAGUUGGAGGCCGAGUCUGGACCACCCAGCCUGGGAUACAGAAGGGAGACGAGAGAGUGGGGCUACCGAAGAGGAAGUGGUCAACUCAAGGUACAAAAACCUACAGGGCGGCACGUUACCCUGCUAAAGGCUUACCUGAGCAGAGGGCUACUUAAAAUGAAGCCUUGGUGCGUCGCCCACAUGGACAGAAGAUCUCCUGCAUUAAACAACGAUCACCAGUACGCUCUUUCAGGUACCACCAGAGGGGUACCUGAAAUUCAUAUUUAUAGAAUAGGAACAGCUCAAUCAACUAUAGCGAAAAGAGUAAGCCCACAAGCAAAGUAAACUGAAACCUCUUUCCCCUAGAGACAGAAAUGCAUAUAUCUCAUUGUAUCUGAGAAUUGCAUCCUCAGUAUUUUCCUACAAGGUUGUUUACUCAAUUGUGAAUUCAAAAGGUAUUUCAAAUUCAAGGUCAGAAUAGCCAAACAGGACUUUGAGAAUGUUUUCACAUUGAACUUGAAAUUUACUUUGAAUUUUCACUUUAAUAAAUAACCCUGUUAGUAUUUGAAUUGUAUUCCAGGAUCUGCUUGUCUUUAGGGUACAGGAAUUGCAAUGAUUAUAGACUUUAUAUAAAGUCUCAUAAGUCUUCGUGUGAUAUAGUUUUUUUAGAACCAAUAUUGGAGAUUUAACUAUAUGAACAUAAUGUAAAAAAAACUUUUCUGUACUCCAUUUAUUUAUUUUUUUCUAACUUUCUGGCAAAAAGUGGCUUGGAAAAAAAUGUGUUUCUUUUUACAGUAUUUUUCCAGGGAUUUCCAUUUUUAAUCCCUCUCGCCCUCACCCAUGAGUUGUAGGUGAGACUUUAAUAUUGAUAAGAAAGGGUGUCCCACAGCUCCCAUCCAUGGUAUGGCAGGUGGAGGCUUUUAAAAAUAAUUAAACAAGGAGGGGCGAGUGGUCGAACGUGCCAUUCCCCAACCCAACAAUAAGUGACAUGGAUCACCUCUCCCCAUUACACCUUCCCAAGCUCCUAGCCACCACCCAUUACAUUAUUUUAAAUCUACCUACACCACUAACCAUAAAAUUAGUUAUGGGGGCCAUUGAACUAAUACCUAUAACAUUUAAAAAAAAAAAAAACAUGAUUACCAUCUGAAGUCCUUCUUCUAAUUAUUCUGUUCUUUAGACCUCCAAACGAGGUCAAACUUAAUUCCAAAAUGACAUCCCAGCUGAAAUUUUUUUUAACAGGUACCAAAUUGCAACUUCCCCCCCCUCAAAAAAAAAACCAGACACAACAAAAUUAGACAAACUUCUCCUUGCAAGGGCUAAGUGCAUACUGAGCUUAUAUAAAAGAAAGAGCCCUUAUAAGAGCUUUCCUACGUUAUGCAAUAUUAGUCAGACCCCCUGAUUGGUUGGCUUGUAGGCCAACCAAUAAAUUAAAUGACUGAAUGGUGCAGAACGAAAUUUUCCAUUCAAAUUUUCAAACGAAAUUUUCCAUUCAGAAAUUCUGUCAUUUAUUCCAUUCAUAUUUGAAUGCUACAUGACCAAAAACCUAGUCACACAAAACAAAAAAAGUCACACAAACACCACAAUUUCUAAAAGGUAUUAAACCUCUCAAGUAUCUCUUUACUACUUCUCAUCUCAGUCGAUGCAUCUCACAAUCUCACCCCCCUAGUAUCUGUAAACCACUUUAUAUGUCUGUCGACCAAUUUCUGUAUACCACUUUGAUCUUUGUUAAUCUCAAAAUUACAACAAAUAAAAAGUUUUUGUCUUAUUUACUCCCUACAUCUAUUUGCUCCCUCAUUCAGUGUCAUUCCACCUUGCCAUCUCCCUCUUAUCACAGCUCAUUCUCUGUAGCUACCUCUAAUUCUCUUUGACAGAUAGAUGCCACCCAGCUGCCUCUGUUAUAGCUCAGCUACCCUACCUGUUUGAAAAGAAAAGGACUGCGCAGAAUGGGUUCUUUAGUAAAUUUUGAUUUGCAAUUUUUUAAUAAAGCAAGCCUACUUGCAUGUUCUCUUCUAACUCCAGCAGGGGUCAGUAAUGUGUGACGUUAUGAAGUUACAAGUCUCUAAGUUCAGGGCUGCAAAAUCAAGUGAAGGACAGCCACCAUGAAGGUGGAAGUCACUUUUAACCCUUAAGAAACUGGAAGCUGCCUUAUGGUAUUCCAGGCUUCCAAAGUCUGGUUUAUAUAGACAAGUAGAUGGAAGCUCAAUUCAGUUGAUUGCUUCCAAGUCUCUAAAAAGGCCCCAUCCCAUGGAGAUUGCACCUGUGAAAUAACAGGGGGUGGAUGUAGUCAUCAAUGUUGGUUUUGCAGAUUCUGAAUUGUGAAAUUGGGAUGUUGUUCUUUGAAAUACAGAGCACAUUUUUUGUUUCAGUCCAUCCACGAUGAUGGGCAUCUAGCCGUAAAGAACCAUUGAAGUCAGCGAUCUAGUCCUUUUAUCCCUGCAGUGUAACACAUUUCAAUUUCAUAGAAACUGCACUGUUUACAUUGCAGAGUUAAAUCCACCUCUAAUGGCUGUCUUCACUAAAGGCGCUUCCGCAGCACUGACUGGGUAAAAAUCGGUCACGUGACACUGAAGCCCCCAGGGGAAAGCAUUGAAAGCUCAUGUGUCCCUGUUUUAGGAGAGACAGUCCCUAUUUUGGGCCCAAAUCCCACUGUCCUUCUGUCCAUCUUUUGUAGGAGCUCCAUAUUAUUAGUGUGUCUAAGUGUGUAGCCGAGCUCCACAGCAAUAAUACUUACAGUAAUGUGUCUUUAAACUGCAAUAACUGUGUUUAGUAAACAGUCUGGAUCAGCGGUUCCCAAAGUAUGGGUCGCGACGCACUGGUGGGUCGCGCUGACCCACACAUGCAGGGCUGCCGGAGACUCAGGAGUCAGACUGAUCAGGAGGGGGCCCGGCGGCUUGCCCUGUAUGCCUUUGGGCUCCCUCCAAUCAGUCUGCCCAGCACCUCCGGUCUGCAGCUCCGCCGGGUGCAGAGCUGCAGACCGUGUGAUUAAAGCCUCGCGAGCUCUCAGAGCGUUACCAUGGCAACACUGGGAGCUCACGAGACUUUUAUUACACUGUCUGCAGCCAGCGGAGCUGCAGACCGGAGCGUUAACCCACUGGACCACCAGGGACACUGGACCACCAGGGAAUUUAUUACAGGUAGGACACAGCCCCCAGACCCUGCCCCCCCAUGUAACCCCUUCACUCCCUGCCCCCCUGUAACUCCUUCCCUCCCUGCCCCCUCUCCACCACUGUAACUCCCUGCCCCCUACUCUUCCUGCCCCCUCAAUAUAACCCCUUUACUCCCUGCCCGUGUAACUCCUUCACUCCUGCCCCUCCCCCACUGUAACCCCUUCUCUCUCUGCCCCCCUACAUAGAAUGUAACCCCUUCACUCCCUGCCCCUCUCCCCACACUGUAACCCCUUCUCUCCCUGCCACCCUCCCCACACUAAUUGUAUGUAAUUUUUAUGCAUCUAAAGCUGAUUGCCAAGGUGUGCCAAUUAUAUGCAUCUAAAAGCUGAUUGCCAUGGAGUGCCAAUUUUAUGCUUUUAAAACUGAUUGCCACAGAGUGCCAAUUUUAUGCAUCUGACUGUUUGCCAUGGUGUGUCAAUUUUAUGCAUCUGACUGUUUGCCAUGGUGUGCCAGUUGUAUACCUCUGAAGCUGAUUGCCAUGAUGUACCAAGUAUAUGCAUCUAAAAGUGAUUGCCAUGAUAUGCCAAGUUUAUGCAUCUAAAGCUGAUUGCCAUGGUGUGCCAAAUUUAUGCAUCUGACUGUUUGCCAUGGUGUGCCAGUUGUAUACCUCUGAAGCUGAUUGCCAUGAUGUACCAAGUAUAUGCAUCUAAAAGUGAUUGCCAUGAUAUGCCAAGUUUAUGCAUCUAAAGCUGAUUGCCAUGGUGUGCCAAAUUUAUGCAUCUGACUGUUUGCCAUGGUGUGCCAGUUGUAUACCUCUGAAGCUGAUUGCCAUGAUGUACCAAGUAUAUGCAUCUAAAAGUGAUUGCCAUGAUGUUCCAAUUUUAUGCCUCUAAAACUGAUUGCCAUGAUGUUCUGAUUUUAUGCCUCUGAAGCUGGUUGCCAUGGUGUGCCAAGUGUAAGCCUCUAAAACCGAUUGCCAUGGUAUGCCAAUUUUGUGCCUCUAAAGCUUGUUGCCAUGGUGUGCCAAUUUUAUGCACCUAACGUUCCCAUUAUGUGCCAAGUUUAUACAUCUAAAACGGAUUGCCAUGAUGUACCAAUUUUAUGCAUCUAAAGCGGAUUGCCAUGGUGUGCCAAUUUUAUUCCUCCAAAACUGAUUGCCACGGUGUGCCAAUUGUAUGCAUCUACAGCGGAUUGCUAUAGUGUGCCAAUUUUAUGCAUCUAAAGCUGUCAUAAUGUUCCAAAAGUAUGCCUGUAAAGCUGAUUGCCAUGGUGUGCCAAUUGUAUGCCUCUAAAACUGAUUGCCAUGGUAUGCCAAUUGUAUGCCUCUAAAAGUAAUGGUCAAGGUGUGCCAGCUGUGUGCAUCUAAAGCGGAUUGCUAUGGUGUGCCAAUUGUAUGCCUCUAAAGCUGAUUGCCAUGGUGUUCAUGGUGUUUUAAAAUAUGCAUUUAAAGCAAGCGGGUCUCAAAAGAAUUACAGUUUUGAAAAGUGGGUCUCGGCCCAUAAAAGUUUGGAAAGCCCUGGUCUAGAUACAUUGUUCUUGCUGCUUAUUACAUUAUGGUUGCACAAACAGUUAUUAAUAAGUCACAUAACAUUUCUCAGGACAGCCCUACCCUUGGCCACACCACUCACACCCCUGAAAUAAAUAUGUCCCUCUUUAUCCAUUUGGAAUGGCGGGAUGUAUGUUAAAAUCACUUCCUCCCCUCCGUUCCUGGAAAUAUGUCAACAUGAGAGGUGUCUUCCGUAACCUUUAAAAAAAAAAAUUCAAAAAGUAUAAAAGCCAGAAUUGUCUAACAAUGUCCAUAUGUCUUCAUCUUGUCUGUGCACUAAAACAGACAUCCUUUUAAGAAAAAAAUCUGAUGUACAUUGAAAAAACUGCAUUACAACAUGAAUUCACACAGUUAUGUGACAGUGUAAAAUAAAUACAUUUUCAACUGUGACUGUUCUGUCAGCAACACGUGCUUAAUUUUGGGGCAUAGCAACAUCAUUUUCUUGCAGACCUAACAAAUUCACAUAAUUUAAUGGACAACAUAGCUCUAGAUGCCCCUUUUGCCAUGUAGAAAAGAUCACCCUGCUUGUAAUCUAUUGUUUUUUGCAGAAGUGAAUGCGAUAAGUACAAAACUAUUCCAUAACUGACUACAUGGGAGGUCUGUACUCUAGCAUGCCUUCUUGGUUCUCUGCCAGGGCUGGGUGUGGAUAUGAGUCAUGUAUACAUGAUUUAACCACUGCGGGAUAGAAAAAACAGGCAGGGUUAAUGUUAUGUCAGAGAGGUUUUAGUCUUAGUAAAAACAAGAUACAUUUACUUUAAAUGUCGUUAGUGGUUAAUUGAAGUUCAAUUUAAUACAUAUAUUAUUUAAAGGGGCUGUUACACCUUUAUUUAACUCCUUCAAUGCCAAGUUAUUUGCAUGAACUAUAUAUAUGUAAAAGCUAAAUAUUAGACAGUUAGUAUUUAAAAUUAUGACAAGACAGCAUUUUCUAAUUUUCCUAUUUAGGGUCGAAUACUUUUGGAUAUGCUAAUCUCUGGCAAUUGAAUAGCAGUUCUACCAUUGAUUUGUAUGGGGAAAAUGCUGUUAAUUACAAGAAAUUAGCUAAGAUUCCUAAACAAGUGAAAAGCAUGUAAUUUAUUAAGCUUUUAAAAAAAAAUUCUCAGAUUUUGCAGAAAAAUUAAGAGGUUUAAACAGGGCUGGCAGUACAGUAAGGCAAAUUGGGCACUUACAAUACAUUACCUUACAUUGCAACAGAAACAUUCUUAAACUCUCAAUACAUUAACUGGAAUAGGGAGGAUGGGGCCAACUUUCCCUCUUAUGGUAUAUUUAGUCCAGUGACUGCCUGAUACAUAAGUCUGAAGCCAAUUGAAAGACUAUAAAGUCAUUGUUGCGCUGUAUCUCUCUUUGCCCUGCAUUAUACAGAUGCAUGGUGUUAGCAUAUUACAUAUUACAGGAAGUUACUGUACCAGUGUAUGCGGGCAUUACACCAAAAACAUAUACAUUGUUUUUAUGUUAUAAGAGUCCCCUUUCUUACAAAUGCAAUUAGAUUCAAUUUUUACAGAUAUCACUUGGAUCCACUUGGGUCCCUUAUGCAAAAAUAAUAAACUAUCACUUUUGUCACCCCUCUCUUCCCCCCCAAGUAACAUGGAGGCUGAGUGUGAUUGUAGUGGUUAGUUAAAUAUGUGUAUGUAUGUGUGGGGCUGGUAGACUGUGAUUGUUUGUGAGUUCAGGCUUAGUGUGAAUGAGCGUGGAGUGGCUGAGUGUGACUAUGUGCAGUCAGCUGAGUGUGUUUGUGUGUGGAGUUGGCUUGGUAUGAUUGGGUAUAGAGUUGACUGAGUGUGUUUGUGUGUGGGGGUUGUGUUUAAAAAAAAAAAAAAAAAAGAUUGUGUUUUGACCCCCUCUUUGCAGGAAAGGGACUAAAUCUCUGUUGGUCCAGUGGGGGUAUGAUCCCUGCUGGCAGUAUCUCUGGUGGUCAAGUGGGGGAGUGUGUGAAGGCUCCUGUACUGUUCCGACUUUGGCGACGCAGCCCCGAUUUUCAGGUCCUCUCGUGUCUGCCUGCACCAGAGAUGCUGUCCCUCUUAUGGGGACACCAGGGAAUUGUCUCCAAAAAACAUAACGCAAGGGCACAAUUAGAUAACUGUGCUCUUGCGGGGUUGCCCUCAGUGGCCACUCCCUAUGGAAUUGACAGGCAGCCUGUGGCGUGUAUUAAUGCAGGCUGACCUGUCAGUUAAUCAUAAGGGAACCACCAUCUUCCUAGUAGGGUCCACCCUCCUUUGAACAGAGAUAGUGGCGUGAUCGCUUUACCCACUGGUAUUCCGAUUCUUUGGAUUUCAGAGUUGGGAAGUGUUGCCUGUGGUUUUCACCUCAAAGGGGUGUAGACCACAUAAACACUCUUACACUCCAGCACUUAGUGAAUGAGUCGAGUGCUGCCAUGGUAAUCCAGUUGCGGUAAUUUGUUAAUCCAGUUGCGGUAAUUUGUUAAUCCAGUUGCGGUUAUUUGUUAUUUAAUUGGUAUUAUAGCAAAUUGUGUUUUUUCUAGGAUAGGCCCCUGCUAGGCAAAUACCCCCACCAACCUCCCAUAACAGGUGGAACUGUAAGGCCCUGCAUCAGUAGCAACCAUCGCAAUCCAGAUAGUUUCAGUUUUAGAUUAAUAUUACUAGCUAUGCAUCCUACACUUUAAAUAAAUGUUAUGCUUUUUAAAAAUAGUUAGAACUCAGUAGUGAAGGAGUAGAACAGUUGUUAAAAUGAGCAAUUCAAGGACCAUAACCACUACAGUGAGCUAGAAAGGUUUGACUUUGUACCUGUGGUCUGCCAGUCACCUGCCUUCACUACUCCAACCUGAGAGUUGGAAGCUCUCUGUCUAAGCUAAGUGCAGUGUUUACUGCUAAGAUAGUAUUGCAUGGAUUAGAUCAGUAGAGCUAACAGAAGCUCCUGUUUAGAAGCUACCUAUUCUCCUUAGUUAGUAGUGGAGAAGGGAAGAAGUGCUUGUCAGACCCCAAGUAAUAUGUCAAACCAUUCUAUUUUUCUGAAUACUUAGAAGGGGCAGGGCACUCCUGGCACCAUAGUCACUACAGUAUUUAGUAUUUAUGGUGCUUAGAGUGUUUCUUUGAAUGCUUUGUAUGAAAAAAAAUAGCUAAAAUGCCAGCAAUAUUUUGUCAAGAAAAAAAGAAACAACGGCUGUAUUAAUUACAAGUUAUAACCUGAAUACAUUUCUUAAUGUAUUCCUAGUAAUUCCUUGCCAGCUUUUACCUAGCACAUCUAUGAUCUCAUUUGGACUACAUAAACCCUCUUUUGAAAUAUUAGAAAAUUGGGCUAUUAAGUCCAAUCUCCUUUGUUCCAGAUAGUUUAGCAUAAUUGCUUUAACAGUGAAGCCAGAUUUCCAUUUUCUUCUAGCAGAAUUUUUCCACACAGGCAUAAAAAAGAAAAAAAAAGCAUGUCUUAUAUAACUUGGGAGUAAAACUGGCUGCUGAUGCAGAUUUGAUAUAAAGCCACAUUGGUUUGUUUUUAGUUUCAUGGGACUCUGAGCUAAACUACUAAAGACUAAAAUUGUCCUGGAUUUGCAGUUGUUUACACAGAAUACCAACAGAUCUAAAGUUACAGGAAUGGGGGCUGGAUACAGAGGCUUUAAAACCAUCCACUCCCAAGCUUACGUCACUGGGGGUUCAUUUGCCUCAGUCAUGCUAAACUGGAUUAGUUUAUAGCAUUUGAAAGUUGCAUUUUUUUUUCUCUAACGGUUUUCCCCAGCACAUCGUAACUAAAUUGUGGUUUCUCCUGCUUUAGCUGGAAGAGUUACACGCCUGCUAAGUAAAAUAGCCAAUGCAGAGAGAUUCCGUCUUUCCCAAUAACUUUUACAUCCAGCUGCCUGUGGUGCUGCUUUGAGAAAAAUACAUUUUCAUCACUGCAAGUGUACAAGUGUCAAGAAUCCCCAAAAGGUAUGAUCAUAUAGACGUUUUGAUGUUUACUGUUCAAUACUUAGUAAGUGCAAUAAAAACAUUUUUGUGUGUGUAUAUGUGUUGGAAUGGCUAGCCUAGAUGAAAUGUAAUUCUGCAGUUGGAAGCUUGUGUUGUGAUCUCAAAGUGACAGUUCAGCUGUUCAGGAGGUGGUUGAGGCUAUGAUUUAUUAGCAAGCUAUUAUUGACAAGUGCUGCUGUAACUAUUAUGACCCCAACAUGUUAUCAUAGAACUCCUACUUUGUUCUUUACUGAGAUAACCCGUCAUUAAAAGUCUCACUGAGCUUAGAUACUAUAUGACAAAAACAGAUUGUUGUCAACAGUGGAAAAAAUAUAAUUUAUUGGUUGCGCAUGUGAGUAUUUUUAUAUUCAUCCAGAAAGACAUGCCGUAAAGUCUACCUUGUUAAAAAUAACAACCCUACCCUGACGUCAGUGGUAUAUCGGGUUUAGGAACUGCUCUGCUCACAUAGAUUUUUAUUCUGCAUUCUUGCAUGUGGUAGUUAGGAAGCUGUGAUUGUGGACUGUAGUUGGAACGCUUCAAUCUGUAAACAGACAGAGACGUUUGGGCAAAGAUUGUCAAUUAUGUAAACUAGUGUAGAUGACAGUGUUUUGGUGACCUUGAAAGGGAAAUAGGAUAUAUCACAUGCACAAGCACAGGACUGAUGCCAAUGACUCAUGAUGAACUGAUGGCUGGCACUGUUGAUGGGUAUUUCCACAUAGAGAAAAGGAAGGGGACAGAAAGAGGGCUGGAGUAGCUCGAAUUUCUACCUGUUAUUUUUGGCCAGAGUAUGUGGAAUGGGGACCAGCCACAAUUUUGUCAUUGCCAUGGACACAGAUGCAGGUAUGAGUCUUGGAACUUCUCUGACACCAUCAGUAAGGUGAGGGACAGAGACAGGAGCCGGAGCCCUUCCAAUAAUAUCACACCCAGCUCAGAGGCCACAAAAGGAGACACCCAAAGAGAUGACAAAUAUGGGUUUUACGAGCAUCACUUGCGCUUAAAGAGAAAAUUGGAAAAAGUGAAGAAGUUCCAUGAGAAAGAACGAGAAAUAUGGGCAAAGGAGAAAGAACUACUAUUGAAAGAAAUCACUGAGAUAAAAGUAAAUUGGCUGAAUUUUGGGUCUAUAGGGGGUUAUUGGAUUUAUGUCAUAUUAUUGGGUAGCAUGUGAAAAUGGUGCAAAGAUAAAGUGUGACAUCCAACUGUGUUUAUAUACAUAGCAGAACCAAUAGAUAUCAAGAACACCAUGCAUAAUGUGAUGUUUACAAUUCUUGUGAUAUAUGCAGAAAUUAUUCUAAUCCAUUGGACUAUAGAAUGGGUUGCAAACCUUGUGUGUACUAAAUAUAAUAAAUUGUGUUUUCAAAUUCAGUACUAUUUGGUGGGUGACAUCAGACGUGCAGUUUUAUCCACAAUGCACAAUAUGACUGACAAUGUUUAAUGCAGUGGCCUCUAAUCCCAGUGUAGUAACAGGAAAUACAUGUACCUGCAUGCCCAAGAUUAGUAGGAGUUACAUUCAAAGACAGCAGCUGUAAUCUACUGCGAUCAGCUUUAAUGUUGCCUGAUGUGCCAGGAUAGUAGAUAGAUUAUAGAUAUGGAGAUAGUGCAAUUCUAUCUGCCCAGCUCUUUAUCCAACAUACUAUUGCCUGCAGAAAAACAAAUAUAAUCUACUGCCUGGGAGUGUGACUCCCUCCAGUCUCUGGCAGGCAGGAUAUCGUUUGUACCAUAAAAUUAAACUUAAAUUAAAGUACGGUACUGGACCAGCCCUGCUAUACUGGACAAAACAGCCAUGAAUACAAUCUCAGGUAUUUACUCCAGUGUAGUGAAUUUCUUACAGAGCUAUGUAAAAAAAUUCACUGAAUUGAAAACAGGACUGUACAAUUUAGGCAAAAAUAGCAAGGAAAAAAUAGGCUGGACUAAAGCAUCCUGACUUGAGUGUUUGCGCAUAUAUUUGGUGUUAAAAUGAUUAAUUGCAUUUUUUUGGCACAAAGUGAGUUUCUGACAUGUUUGUUAUUAUUGUUAUUAUCUGUGGUAGUAAAAACACACUUCAUUUUAUGGCAACUUUUUUCGAAGGAAUGGUAAAAUCUCAUAAAUAAAAAAAUAAGUAUUAAGGUUCUGUUUUUUUCACAAAACACUAAAUUUUAGAGAACUGAAAACCGAAUUGCAAAAUGUACGCAAAUAUAGGCAAGUUGUGAUUAUAGCUAUAAUGUAGAUUUUUUUUUCAUUAUUGUAGCCUAUUUUUUCCUUGCUAUUUUUGCCUAAAUUGUACAGUCCUGUUUUCAAUUCAGUGAAUUUUAGUAUUAAUAAAUUAUUAUUUUAAGAGUUCACUUUUUUUAAAUUAAAUUUUAUAAUUUUUAAAUAAGUCUAAACUAUUUGCCAUAUAAGACAUCUUUUUGCUGGCAUGUGGACAAAUUAAAAGCAUAAAAUGUCAGUCACUAAGAAAAUAAUGGCUGCAGAUAUUCAGAUUGUUUCUGAGACACAGUGUAUUAGUUUUUUAAUGCAAUAAAUAGGCCCUUAUUACAGCAACAUAUUUAUUAUCUAUGUGCCUGUUCAUCAGUGAAUAUGUUUAGAAUUCCAGGCUAUAAUUAAAUUAAUGUAUCAUUGUAAAAUAUUAAACAUGUUCUUUCUGUUUAUGUAUACAAUGGGUAAAUAAGAGAACAAAGUACUUGGCUUUAGCAAUAUACAUUUUUUUUUCCAACCUUUUUGCAAAUGUUGUUAUUUAAUAGCUAAUUACUCAAUGCAUUUAGUGCUAUUUAGCGCACCACAAUGCAUUUGCAGUAUUUGUAUUUUACAAAAUGUUUUUUAAUUGCUCUUCAACAUGUCACAGCAGUCUCACUGUAAGGCAGUAUCACAAACCACAAAAAAAAACCCCAAACAAUAUUUGACAGCCACAAACAGAAGUAAAUUCAGUCUGGCUGCAUUUGGGGUCUAGAGAAAAGUCUGGCAGCAUUAGAAGCAAUGAAUACACACGAUGGAUGGAUGGAUGAAUUAUGUCUACAUGUUAUUAUCUCUGUUCAAAGAUUUGAGGUUAUAUGCCCAAACUGAAAUUAAAGUAAUGUAUUGUUGUAAACUUUAAAACAAUAGGUAUCAGGUUUUACAGUAUUUCUAUAUACAAAAAAAAGUUAGCAGUUAACUAUCUGAUAGUGUGCAGGUAACUUUGUUUUGGUUUUGUUCAUAUAAUUGGGCUAAUAAAUUCUACAGCCAAUGCUGCCACCCAAGAGACGUGUAUGUCUAUGUACAGUCUACCAGAGUACGUGUGUUUGGCCGUUGCUAAAGAUUGUAGAAGUAAACCAGUAAUGUGUAAUGUAAAAAUGACAAUAAUUGUAAUACAUUAGAACAAUGCAAAUGAAGUUGCCAUUAAUAAUUUACGUUAAUAUUAGUUACAGCAAACUAAUUUGGUGUGAGGGACUGAGUAUAUUUAAUUGGCACAGGAAGCAGAUUUACUUUCCAAAGAUCAUCAGAUGAAUCAUUGACAGAUGUGCAUUCUGAACUCUCACCAAAUCCUUUCUAAGACCAUAUUGAGUUAUGUUUCUUAUUAUUGAGGUCUGAGGAACAUUAUCAAUUGUAGAUUUUGCAUUUCAAAGGAAUACAUCAGCAAAUCUUUGGGAUUUUGCUUAAAUUCUAUGUAUUGUUCUGAAGCUGCAGAGUAGCUGAACGCUGAAACAACACAAUCAAAGGGCCACUCCUUUCAGAUGUUAACCUCUAGAGUACCACUGAAGCAUAGAGAAUGUAGUACAUAUUGAUCAGCUGGCCUCUGCACAGCUGCUAAAGGGAAAGUUAUUAGGACUUGCCCUGGCAUGAAAGAGUAUGUAUUGAGUAGAUUGCAAUGACAACAUGGAAUGUUGUUGAAUGUUUGUUCAGUUCAUUGGUAAACUAAUUAUUUAGAGAGAGAGGAUUAUUUUAAUUGUUUUUGCUGGCCUCUAGUAAUCUGCUGCCAGUUCUAAGAUGUCAUCAUGGCAGUCAUAGUCCAACAUCCGGGGAUCUACCUUUUGGGGAAAUGAAACUGUUCCUAUAGGAAUUAAGUAUCACAUGCUGCCAUGGUGUGCAGGAGCUUUGGUUAAAUUAUAGAGGAAUUUGCUUUUCAUUUCUAGAAUUUCAGAUGUGAUCAUGUACAAAGCCUUAAGAAAGGACCUUAAGGGGUUCAAACAAUUGAUGGAGAUCUAUGUUUGGUUACAUGGAAUAACACUGCAUUACAUAACUCCUCCCGUAAAGGGGCUGUAUGUGUAAUGUCAUGGUAGAGCUGUGUGAAAACAAACAAUGUUUUAUUAUACUCUUGGAUAAGAGGAGAUCUACUAGCUAGAAUAUUCAGGCAUCAUGUGAUUACAUAUUAUCUCUAUGAUGCAGUUUUAUUUAAAACAUCAUGCUGACUUAUAGCAGUGGCAUUUGUUCUGAAAGUACUGGCUUGUCUUGCGGUGGAUGUUUUAUAUGUAAAGGCCAAGAACUUGGCUUAGCCAAAAGUGUGGAGAGAUUUAUUCCAUCUUAGAAAUUCUGUGUGCUUUCAUUGUAUGUACUGUGAUAGUCCAUCACAUAAGAGUUUGCGUGUUGCAGGCAGGUGAAAACAAAGGGAUCUUGCUGGAGCUGAAGACUGUCUUGGAAGUAAUUCAGACGGAACAAAGAAAAGAAGAAAAGAAAUGGACUGACUUUCUGCUACAAUUUCUAAGUGAUCGAUGUGGGUGGGAACUUAAAAGAAGAGAACUUCAGCAUCACGCCUCCCAGGUAUUUAAAUACAAAUGUAAUAUGAACAGAUAGCACUUAUAUAUUGGAAGUCAGAUGAUAUACAUUUGUUUAAAAAUUUUUAUAGUAUAGAGCUGAAAAUAACCUGUACAUGCAAUGACUUGGUGGAGGAGAGUCACGUAGGAGAUAAAACAGACUUAUUCUGUAGAAUUAUAAAAGACAGGUGCCCAAAACGUAAAUCCUAACAGUUGUAAAGCUACAACUCUGAUGAUACAAUGUCACUCUUCAUGUUCUUUGAUGGAGCAUAGGUCCAUUUCCCCUGUCUUGCAAAGUGAGUGUAUGGGCUGUCUAUUAUUUAACAAGGUCGGAGCAGAGGCAACUCUCUCUUUUGUCAUUAUUUUCUGCCUGAGAUAAGUCUUGAAUCCCAACCCAAAUCUCAUAACGGUUAAAUAUAGGAGAAAUAUGUGCAAUGAGGUCCCUGACUAUGUACUAAACCAAGCAUGUCAAACUCAAAGGCUAAGACGGGCCAGAUAAACAAGGUUUACGUUUAUGUGGGCCGCAAAAAAACAAAAAACGUCAGUUUUCAUAGAAACAUAGGUUUAUUUCUAAAAGUACAGUAUAAAAAAAAAGUUGCCUAACUGACACUGGACGUCCUCACGCUUGUAGGGCUUUAAAGUAAACAAAAAAGAGCGAAUUUAUUUUAAGGAGAUGUGCAUUUGCAUAUAACCAACGUUUCAGAUAAACUACCAUGACAUAUUAAGAAAUGUUUGGUAAUGGGACUGAAAUGGUGAAUGUAUGCUGUUGCACAGCUGUAAAAAACUAAUUACGUUAUCUUGUUUAUUUUGAAGUUCUGUGAGUGUGUUCUUCACUUUGGCUGAGAUCAUCAAACUUGAUGAUCUCAGCCAAUCCAAUACUGGAGGCUAUUCUGCAUGUGUGGCAAAAAGCUGCGUGGCCAAACAGCAUCUCUAUGCGCCUCCAUGCAGACCCAAUCUAACACACUGCCCCUCUUCCCAUUCUAAUACACUGCUCACAAAUCCAAUACAUUGCCCCCCCCUCCCUCCACUGUUAAACACUGCCCACUUCACCCAAUCUAAUACAUUGCCCCUUAAUCUAAUACACUGCCGAUCCUCCCUCCGCUCUAAUUCAAGAGACUGCCGUCCCCUCCCAUUAAUACACUGCCACCCCUCCCCAAUUUAAAACACUGGACCCUCCCUCCCCCAAGUUAAUACACUGUCCCUUUCCUCUCUUAAAUUAAUACACUGCUCCCCCCCACCAUCACCACUCUAUUACACUGGCCACCUCCCUCCCUUAAAUUAAUACACUGGCCACCUCCCUCCCCCAAAUAAAUACCCCCUCCCCUUUCCCCAAGCCCCCCUUACAAUUUGCUGUUGUCACGUAUUCCUUGUCUCCAUAGGACAAAUAUUGAGAUAAUUACCUUCCGAAGUUAGAGGGGAGUGCUACUCAGCUGUCUUCUACUAUCAUGCCGGGCUUUUGCGGCAUGUCGGUGGACGCCGGCCGUUGCGGACCCACACAAUUAUAUUGCCCCAUGUCCAUCUACGGUAAAGAGGACCUCAACGUGCGGGUGACGUCGCGCAAAAGAUGAACAAGCACGUUUUGGGGUCAAUCAAAUAUGCAAAAGGGUUAUUUAAAGUCUUGUAUUCCCUUAGCUCAUUGGCCUGUGUGGGUUUCCUCUAGAUGGUUAUCCGAGAGUGUGUUCCUGAUCGUGUUUUUCUGUUUUUUUUACUUUGGCUUCGUUUUGACUUCCCUGAUUUCUGGUACCCUUGACUUUUGGCUUUUCCUUAUCGCUGUGUAUCGUUCUGUGUCCCUGACCUCGGCUGGUUUUCUGACUAUUCUCAGGUAUAUUAAGUUCGGCCAUUCUAAGGCCCGGUAAGACGUUACCCUUAGUUCUAGGGUGUGAUACUAUUCUGCGUGCUGGAUCAAUAUAAUCCUGACAGCUGUCCGUUCUUCAGCUCCAGCCCUGCUGAAGCAGGCCAGAUGCUCCUUCUGACACUGCGAGCAGGAGGGAAGGGGGAGUGGCUGCUCUGGUCUGCUCUGCAGACAGACUGCCACUCUGCCCUCCUGUGGCCGGGAGAGCAAGAAUCAGGAAAUAUUUUUUUGGCUGGUCGCAGCCACAGCAGAAAGCGGCCCCGGGGCAGACCUCUGACACACACACUCAGCACCCCUCACACACACUCAGCACCCCUCACAUACACUUAGCAUUCCUUAUACACACAGCACCUCUGACACACAUACACAGCACCACCAACACACACAGCACCCAUGACACAAAUCACCACACACACAAGUAUUUUAGGCCUACCUGGCACUGAUGGGAGGUCAGGUAGCCAUUUCCUUGCCUCUUCCUCUUGCAGCAAGGUUUGCUGCUUAACGGGGGCGGCGGAGCUUGUGGGAGGCGGGGCUUGCAGAUGUUUGUGGAGCUUGCAUCAUGGGUAAGGAGCCUAUGUCCACGAGGCGGAGCAGGAAUUCGGAAGGGAGACUGUCAGUGCUCCCUCCGUUCCCCAGCAGCCCCUCUCCAGCCCUUCAAUGCAGCCCCCAGCAUCUCCCAGCACCACUUUCCUGAAUUCCCAUGAGACUGUAACAGGCUGUCCCUGCAUUCUGCAUAAUGCUCUAACAGAUGUUCAACUCUAACCUUUAUUCCAUAUAUCUGACAAACAAUAUAAAAUGUUUGAUCAACUGAACUUAAAAUUGUUAAAUAAUUGUAUUUAUGUCAUCAUAUUAAAUUCCAGGUGUUUUUAUUAAUUAGAAAAAAAAUUAUAAUGACCUUGUAAGCAUCAGAGUUUUUAUUUUUCUUUCUCUUUUCCUCACACAAUCCCAUUCAUAGCCAGGAGCCAAUUCUGCCAAGAUAUGCACAAAUAAAACAACUUCUAUCAUCCAUAAAGACCAGAGGAAAGAGAGAGAGGUGCAAAAACGAUUACUGGAAGACACUCACUCUGCAGCCAUGGAGCUGAGAAGACAGAUAGAGAAUAAUGAAAGGAACUGGAAAGUUGAAAAGAUGGAAUUAAUGGAAAGAUUUGAUAGUGAAAGAAGAGAAUGGGAAAGCCAGUGGAAGAUAAUGCAGAGGAAGAUAGAAGAGGUACAGUGGGUAUACAAUUUUAGAAAAAGCACAAUUAUUACAAUGUUGUUGUCACCAGCAAGUUCCAUUCCUCUGCACAAUAGAAGUAUGUUACACAGUGUUUGGUAUGUGGUAUGGCAUCAUUGUAUGUUCCCAAACAUAAGCAUAUUUGAGAACAUUACAAAGAAUAUGCCUUACUUAUAUUGAGAUGCAUUUGUGAGAAUUCAGCUUGGAUAUGAGGUGACUCAAAAAGACAGAGGGCUGCACUGGAAAGAGGGGAUAGGAUUUUGAGAUAAGAUUCCUUGGAGAGAUGGAAUUAAAUGGAAAGAGGAGAUUUAAUAGGAUGUUUUGUAAUUUUGAUGAAUUGUUAUAGUUAAUUAUUAAUAAGCAAGCAAUACAAUUAUGUGAUUACCCAAAAUACUUUCUGGAUACCCAAGUAAUCACAUAAUUGUAUUGCUUGCUCAUUAAUAAUCUGUGGAAUGUGAGUGUAACUGUUGAGAGAGACUGGUUUGAGUAAACGUCAGAGCAAUGUUGUUGGGAGAUUAUAGGAAGAGAAAAGCAAAGUGGUUGUACAGUGUUUGUUAGGGAUCUAAAUGCAUGGAUUAGCACAUUGAACUUUCAUCUGAAAUUUUUGGGUACUCAGUGGUAAGACUAGAGCCAGCUAUGUAAGGUAAGAGUUGCAAGAAUCUAGCUCCUAGCAAUUGAAUUAGCAUUUUGGUUCAUUCUGGUAUUAUAUAUAAAUAGAUCGCAGCCAUCUUAUUUAAUUCAAAAAAGUGGGAUUUAGAAAUGCCUACAUUCUAUGAUACAAAGCUGUGUAGCUUCUGAUAGUCUACUGAUAUCAGAAGUUAUGGUGUCUGCACAGUUGCAAUCAAUGCAGGAGUUGAAGGAUUACCUAACAUUUUUUUUUCUGGAACUCCUGAGGCAGACAGAUGAUUGCUCCUUAAAAAUUCACUUGAGAAGUCAGUCUAAAGAAACAUAAAUAAAUAGUCAGCCAGCCUCAAGACACACUACAAAGGAUAGAUCAGAUUAUUAUUAUUAUCGCCAUUUAUAUAGCGCCAACAGAUUCCAUGGCGCUUUACAAUAUUUUGAGAGGAGUAGAGAGUAGAGUGCUGCCCUUUAGGAGAGAGCAAGAGACAGGUAUGUGAGGUAUGUGAGGUAGAGGUUACUCUGGGAGGCCAUACAUUUUCCUAAAGAGGUUUUAACUUCUUAAACAAUUGAAGAGUCUGAUGGCGGUAUGCAGGCUAUUCCAUAGGAAGGGAGCGGCCUGCGAGAAGUCCUGCAAGCGUGAGUUGUGAGAGGAGCGGACAGGAAAAGGUAACAGGUAGAGUGGAGAGACCGAGAAGGGGCAUACCUAUGGAUCUGUGAAGAGAUAUAAGAGGGGCUAGAAUUGUUCAGUGCUUUAUAGGUAUGGGUUAGCACUUUGAAUUGACUCCUAUAGGAUACAGGAAGCCAAUGUAAGGACUUACAGAGGGGUGUGGUGUGGGAGGACCGACUAGGGAGGAAAAUCAGUCGGGCGGCAGCAUUCAUUACAGACUGUACAGGGACAAUGCGGCCUUUGGGAAGACCAAUCAAGAGAGGGUUAUAAUAAUCCAUGCAGGAAAUUACUAGAGCAUGGACAAGCUCCUUGGUAGCAUCUUGCGUAAGAAAGGGCCGGAUGCGGGCUAUGUUUUUAAGAUGGAAUCUACAGAAUUUGGCAACAUACUGGAUGUGAGGCCAGAGUCAAGUAUGACGUCAAGACAGCGCGCUUGCAAGGAUGGACUUAUGUGGAUUCCACUAACUUGAAGGGAGAGCAAAAGAGGAGGAUCAGUAUUAGAAGGAGGAGAGACAAGGACAUCCAGUCAGAGAUGGAAGAAAGGCAAGCAGUGACAUAUUGCAGGACGGUAGGGGAGAGGCCCAGGGAGGAGAGAUAUAUCUGGGUGUCAUCAGCGUAAAGGUGGUAGUGGGUUUCAAAAGAGGUAAUACAUUUUUCAAGAGAGGCAGUAUAAAGAGAAAAUAGAAGGGGACCAAGGACAGAGCCUUGGGGGACUCCAACCGAGACAGGACGAGGGAAGGAGGUAUCAUUAGAAAAGGAGACACUGAAUGAGCAUUGAGAGAAAUAAGAGGAAAACCACGAGAGGACAGAGUCACAGAGACUGAAUGAUUGAAAAGUUUGAAGAAGUAGAGCAUUAACAACGGUGUCAAAGGCAGCAGAAAGGUCAAAAAGAAUUAUUAUGGAGUAAUGGCCUUUGGAUUUAGCUGUGAUUAGGUCGUUAGUAACUUUGAUAAGAGCAGUCUCAGUAGAGUGGAGAGGGCGGAAGCCAGAUUGAAGAGGGUCAAGGACAGAAUUGGAAUUGAGGAAGUGAGACACACGGGGAAAGACAAGUCUUUCCAGAAGCUUUGAGGAAAAAGGGAGCAGGGAUAUGGGACAAUAGUUAGAGGGGGAGGACAGGUCAAGAGAUUUUUUUUCAGGAUAGGUACUACAGUGGCAUGUUUAAGGUCAGCAGGGACAACGCCAGAAGGAAGGCACAAGACAAAGGGGAGAGAGAUCAGAUAAUGUGAUAUGGGAUAGGAUCGAGCAGGCAAGUGGUGGGGAGAGAGGAAAGGAGAAGCACAGCCACCUCUUGUUCAGUAGCCAGGGAGAAAGUCUGAAGGGUAGGAAAGGCAUGAUCUACGUGUGGUUGAGAAAGAGAACGGCAAGGUGGGGAAAAUUAUUUCCAUAGCUGUUCAAUCUUGUCGGUAAAGUAGCAUGCAAAGCUAUCGGCUGUAAGGUUAGUUUUGGGGGUGGCCACAUCAGGGCAAAGAAGAAAAUUAAAGGUGUCAAGGAGAUGCCUGGGAUUGCGGGAGAAUGAGCUAAUGAGAAAGAAAAGGUUUGACUGUUUGGUGAGGGCAAGGAAGGCAAGAUCAGCUUGAGUUACAUUUUUAAGUAAGAUUGUUGGUGAUUCUACCCAAUUUAGAUAGUAAAAUGCGUGAGUAGGGGCUAGCUUAAAUCAACCUCCCCAAUCAUCUUCAUCAGAAUCUAGUGGACAAACUUUAGUAAAUACCAAUGAUCAUACAAGCUAUUUUCAGCAUUCAUAUUAUUCGAUUUAAUUUCGCUUAAUAAAGCAUGCACACUUACAGUCAUACACAUAUCAAGAAGUGUAAAUUAGAAAACUUAGAGACGCAUGUUUGGAUCAACAGCAAAAAAAAAAUGUGAGGAAGGCUGAACUUGAUGGACGCAUGUCUCUUUUCAGCCUAUGUAACUAUGUAAUGCAUGGCUAAAAUGUACAUACUAAAACUUAGAUAGGCUGGCUAAUAAAACUUGAUGUUUUUGUUGAUCUUGAUACAUACAGUAAAUGUAUACUGUUUUUACACAGAUGCCAUGUGACAAUUAUUUUGUCAGCUAGAAACAGCCUCAUAAGGUGGCUGCUAACAUGCAUAAGUAUAUAUAUAUAUACUUAUAUAAAGAAGUUACACAACAUUUUUCAUCUGCCUGUGCAUUUAACAUGUGUUUUCUUUUUUGAAUUUUAAAAACAGUAACACAAAUAUCACAUUUUAGUUUAUAUUUUUAAGAAAAGUAUUUGCAACAAUGCUAAAUCCUCAUAUAUUAUAGUAAGUCAAAAAUUACAUUGUAUGUGAUAAAACCAUUUUAUCUAUAGCCAUCUUUUAUUACAAACUAUCUCUCUCAUGAAAAACUACUUUAUGCCGAGUGACAGUCCCGACAGAUUAUAAGGUGUUGGGAGUUAACCCACCAGUUAAAGUCAUGGGGAAAUCUUUACAUUGCAUAUGGUUGUGUUUAAACAUAUAAAAAUAACUUAAUUCAGAACCUUCCAGAAAUGUUUUUGGCCCAAAAAUGUUUUUUUUUUAUCAAGCCUUAUUAAGGCUGAAACGCUGCUGGAGGGUUCAGAAUAAAGUCACUGUUCUGGUAAUUUUUGUGUGCCAGAUCUUCUUUAUACUUUUGUUCAUAACAUUCUGGAUUACCAUCUAUAUUGGUGACUUCCUAUCUUGUUCACAGCUUUAUCAGGAGGUGAAGCUUCGAAGGGAGAACAAACUGAAUGAAGAGGACACGGAGAUCAAGGGAAAAACAUUGCCUUUUUCAGCGCCUUUUGUUUAUGGUGAACCCAAUGAACAAAAUCACACAACAAAACACAUUCAACAGUAUAAUGCAAUCAACAACAACAAGGAACCAAGUAGAAGGAUGCUGUCAAAAGUGUAUCCUAAUCUAAGUGAGGAGCCAAUACUGGAGUUAGCCCAUCACAAACUGGAGCAUGAAAAUUGCUUUGAUCACAAAAUGUCCAAAACAGACAACGACACCCUGAAUGAUGUGAGUUAUUACUUUACUAUGCAAUAUCCACUAUAUUUUGUACUAAAAAAAAUAGUAAUAGAAAUUUUAAUAUUUCUGUUGUUUCAGGCACUAAAAGAAAUAGCCAGAGUGAGUGAGGAACUAUGUAAAUACCAAGAAGAGAUUCGCAAGAAAACCAGCUGCAAAAAGUAGGUGUUCAAAUAAUGCGUAAGCACAGUAAAGGAAACAUUUAUUUACAUAGUUAAUUGAAUUAAAUAUAUUUGUGAUCAUCUCUCACACUAAUUGAGGUACUAUAGAGUAUUUUUGAGAGAAAUGCCCCAUGUGUCCUAGUUCCCCCACCCCCAAGACAUUUUUGUUUUAAUGCGAUACUCAAAAGGUGUGACAUGGAUAACAUCAACAGCAGGAAAGUAAUCAUGGAUUAUCGACAGUGGCAAAAGGAUGUUCAAUCAGUGACAUGUGUCCUAGUUUAACCAUAGCACCUGUAGCUUGUGUGACAUGAAAUUUACCAAUAAGGUUUCAAAUCUGAAAUUGCAGACAUUACUCCUCUGUUUUUCAGUUCAAUCAGGAAAUUUUUUAUGUCACAGGAAGUACUAUAAAAAUAAAGGCUGCUUGGAUCCAGACAACCCUUGGCAGUAAAGGAAACAUUUAAAGGGACACUAUAGCCACCAGAACAACAACAGCUUAUUGAAUUUGUUCUGGUGAGUAGAAUCAUUACCUUCAGCCUUUUUGCUGUAAACACUGUCUUUUCAGAGAAAAUGCAGUGUUUAUAUUAGAGCCUAGUGAUAACUGCACUGGCCACUCCUGGCUGUUAGAGAUCCUUCCUGGGUCAUGGCUGCCUAAAAUGCAUUCAAACAUUCAGUGUCUCCUCCCUCUGCAUGCAGACACUGAACUUCCUCACAGAGAUUCAUUGAUUCAAUUCAUCUCUGUGAGGAGAUGCUGAUUGGCCAGGGCUGUGUUUGAAUAAUGCUGGCUCUGCCCCUGAUCUGCCUCCUUGUCAGUCUCAGCCAAUCCUAUGGGGAAGCAUUGUGAUUGGAUCAUGCCACUUCUGAUGAUGUCAGCAGACUGCUUUUUUUUGGCAAACAGAAGUUAGAGCUUCUGGCUUGAAUACAGUAAGAUUUUUACUAUAUUUAUGGAGGCAUGAGGGGCCAAGGGGGGCUAGAGCGUGGUGUUACCACCAUAGGGUCAGGAAUACAUGUUUGUGUUCCUGACCCUAUAGUGAUCCUUUAAGGUUAUAAUUAUUAAGUUUGUUAACCACUAAUUAUAAAGUUCUGUGCUUGUUGCAUUCAAAAUAAAUAAUUCCAACAUAAUAGUUAACGUUUUGUUUAUUUAAUGAACCCAUGAUCCUAUCAAGGAAUAUUAGGAAUAUUUGACCUAGACAACGAGCAAAAGUACUUUAUAGUAAGAACUGCAUAAAAUAAUUCUUAAAUGGAAAGUUUCUUAAAUACAUAGAUGGGAUCUAAUGCAAAGUCAACCAGAACAUUAUGAGAAAUAAUGUUGUUGUUUCUACAUAUACCGUAUUUCUGAUAACACUUUCUUUCUUUUUAUAUUAACAUGGCUUGAUUAAUUCAACCUAAUCAGUAAUUAACAAAAAACAGUUUCUCGGUGUACUUAUCUGGUCAGUUUCUUGAAACUUACAACUGACAUGUAACAGUAUCUGUAAAAGAUCUCCAAUCAGCAAAUCAGCAAUACUCUCUAAGAUCACAGACUGACUGCCCAAGGGUAGUAAUGCAAUGGUAGUCAAGAUGUCAGGUUUAAGUAAUAAAAGUUGUGUUUUGCCAGUUUACCUAAUGAAGUCCAAGACUCUACAUUGCAGUUGCUAUAUUUUCAUUGAGCAUGAUUUUUUUUUCUUUUUUAACUUUAUCUUAGUUUUUUAAAAAAAAAAUGUAUUCCUCAAAAUUGUGUUAGAUGACUCACUGAACUGAAAUUCCAAGGAAGCAAAGCAGAUUUCUCCUUAUCCUUGUGUCAAUGUAUUAAUGCCAUUACUGAUACCGUUGAACAGAACUACAGAUGUUUAACAUUAAAACAUUCCCUGGGAUUUAUAUAUCUAUUACAAAGUAAUACUACUAUUGAAAAGAUGGAGAGGAAUGCACUUAGGACAUAGUUUUUAAAGAAAAUCAGCAAACUCAGUUUCCUAAGAAACUAAAUAUGUUGCCAUAUAAUUUCCCGACCUUGCAAAACAACAUGAAACAUGUUGGCCCAGUUCACACUGUUUCCUAAUAAAAUAACCCUUGUUUCUAUAUAAUAUAGUUUCACUCAUGCAAAAGGCAAUGGUGUUGACAUAAAAGCUCAUUGCCAACAAAAAGCCCAUAUCAAUCAUUUAAAGAGACACUAUAGUCACCCAGACCACUUCAUCUCAAUGAAGUGCAGUGUCCCUGUGCCCUUAACCCAGCAAUAUAAAACAUUGUUGUUUUGAGUUAAGUCCCCUUUAGUGGCUGUCAAUAUGACAGCCACUAGAGGUGCUUGGUCACGUGACAUGGAGGUCCCAUAGGGAAGCAUUGAUUCAGUACUUUCCUGUGGGAAGGUUUGAACCGGGGUUCCUCUAUGAGGAGCUUUGGAUUGGACCAUCACAGAGGAGGUCCCGUCUGCAAAUAGGGACAGUAACACUAUAUCAUUAGGAAUACAACUUUGUAAACCUAGCGCUAUAGUGUUCUCUUCAGUGUGAUUGUCUUUGGUAGUACCUGUUUUUGCUACUAGUUAAAUGGUCACUAAAAUCUAAAAUAACUUUUUUGCUUCUUUUAAAGUAAGAAAACCUAUGAAUGUAAUGAUUUUAUAGUGCUCAAAAAGAAUCCCAAGUGGUUUUUUUGGAAGUUCACUGCCUGAAUGCAUCUGUCUGAAAGAAAAUAGAUUAUUCAAUAAAAAUAAUUAAUCACUGUUCCCAAUUAGUAAUGUCAACCUUCUCAUUAAAGUAUAACCGUUGGCAAAAUAAAAUAACAUUAGUAAUUCACAUCCCUAUAUUUAUCUAUAUUCUGGAACUGGGUGUCUCCAUCUAGAAUCAAAUCCAUAGUGUUAUAAACAAUAAACAAUGGGUUUAUGUAGUAAACGUGUCAUGCUUGUUUUUAACAUCUUCAGACAUUGGCACAUUUUGUUCCUGUUCUGACAUGCCAUAAUCUCUGAGAAUAAUUGUUUCCCUGCUAGUCAAGUUGUGUGGCUCGUUUAUCAGUGUCAUUUUCCUAGCUUAUUUAUUGAAUUUUUUUUACAGACAGCAUAGUUUCAAAAUGAGUGUCUAAUGAUACUAUUGUUAAUAAAUAACUAGGCUAAAUAGUUCAGUUAAAAUUAAAAUAAUUAAUAAAAUAUAUCUUACAUAGUUAAAGAAAAUUACACACGUGAGGAUGAGAGCACUGCCCCCUUUUUAUAUAUAGCACGCAGCAAUAUUAAGGACUAAAAAUGAUAUUGAAAAAGUAAUAUUAGAAAAAAGGAAAUUUAAGGCACACUAAAGAUAGUAAAUUGCCAAACAUGCCAAAAAAAAUCCAUACAAACACAACACUUUAUGUGUAAGUCCCAAUGUUUCUCCACCUCUAAAACAAUAUGUGUUCACUGUCAGUCAGCUGGAUUUUUAUUUCUAUUGCUAAAUCUUUUAUAUAUAUUUAUAUAUAUUUAAGAGAAAAUUGGACUCAUAUUUAAAAAAGGUUAUAUGUUAUGUUCAAUGUUUUGUUCAAUUGUAUUAUUUCCAUAGAAGGGACAUCCUUGUUCAUUAGACUGCUUAAAAUAGACCUCCUCCUUCAAGAACAUUUAGAGUAAACAUUCACCCUGUCUUAUCUGAUAAGCAGGCUUAGCUGCUUUCUUAACUGGUUGGCAAGCUUUGCCUCAGCUUUGAGUAGCAUGCUGGAGCUAACUAGGGUAAAAAUUAUACCUCACCGUUUAACCAUCCUCAAUGCGUAGUGAAUAUAACGUGCUCCCAUAGAAAAAACUAAAUACUAGUACAUCCUAAAAUAUAACACUUUGACAGUUCACCAAUUUUAAUUACAACAAUUAUCAUUUUGCUAGUGGUUAUUCAUAUGUAAUAUUAAGCAAUUGAAAUGUAUGUUACAAAUAAGUUAUAUAUAAUUAAAUUUUAUUUUUUUUAAUUUCAUUUGAAAUGAACAGAAUUGUGUCAGUUCCAUCCAUUGGACAAGCCAAAGAAGCAAAAGACAAAGCUUCAAAAGUUGAGAACAUUGUUUUAAGCAAAAAUACCCAAAAUAUUGGUGAAAAUAAAUCCAAGGGUACCACUUACAUGAAAGCCACCUUGUGUGACAAUUUGAGUACACAUUCGGAACUAGUGGACAUGCCUUUGGAAGUACAAGAUUCAUCAUAUCCAUCUUGGUGUUUCUCAUGGCACUUAACAAAUUCACAGUUUCCUGAAAUGGAUAAAACACUAUUGUCUAAUAAAAGCAAAAUAUGUCCCGAUGCCUACCCCACUGCAAGUAAGAAGGAGGUGGUUGAUAAGCAUGCAGAGUUUAUGGUUAAUACAAACUAUGACGGGAUAUGCCACAUGCAGGGUCUUUGUGAUUUUAAUACACUUGAAGACAAUAUGACAAAGACUUUCUUAAGUAAGAAAGCAUGUGCUGAAAAAGAUAACCGAAAUGUCCCUGCUUCUUCAUGUGACUUACAAUGUACUGGAAAUAUGCAUUCAGAUAUGUUAUUGUUAGAACAUUCUCCUUUGGGUUGUGGUUCUAAUUAUAAUAGUACAAUGAAAAAUGGAAAGCUUGCAGCAAAGAUUGAUGAAUUUAAUAGAACUGUAUUUAAAACAGGCAAAGGCAGUGAAUUAAUUCCUGAACUACCUCUCGACAUGUCCCAAAUUGGUAAUGAAGAGUCUUGGAAUCAUUCAUUAUGUGACUGUCCAACCAUUGUUACUACCAGUACAAGCACCAGUACUCCUGAAAAAACUGUGCAAGCGUCUGUAGACCGCAACCUUCAUAGUACAAGCAAGAGUGUGAAAGUGGCAAGUCAAUCCUUUCAAACAACUGAAACGCAUAAUACAAGCAGCUACCAGACUAUGUUACAGGAGCACAACUGGAAGCCAAGCAAUUUGUCAGGACGUCCUCGCUCUGCAGACUCCAGGUCCAAUUAUAGAGUUGUUGAAAAACUUUUGAAGAGCUAUGAGAAUAAAACUGCUUCUCCAUUGGGUAGUUCUAAGCAUUCGUCCAGUAAAUUGACACAAUCAGAUUUCCUACUGUCAGAUUCUGGCUCAGAAGCACUGACUCAGUGUUUAGAAAUGCUACAGAUUGAAAAAUCACCAAAGACUUUGCAGAAUGACAUUUCCAUUCUUUGGCAACCUAGGCAAGAAGCGUUGAACUUCAAUCCACCAGAGGUAAACAUUUAAUUGUGAUAAAUAUAUAUGAGUUCUCUUUUUAAGAAACAUAUAACAAAUAAAAGGGUUCCUAUAAUAUACAUACUAUUAGUUAAAGGAACAUUCUGAGCACCAUAACCACUACAACUCACUGCAGUGGAUAUGAUGCCAGGACCACCCUGGCUUACCCUAUUGUUAGUAGUCAAAUGUUUUUGAGUGGCUUGACUUUUACAUGGGGUAUCACCACUUCCAAAGCAAAAAGAGGUUUUGUCUCUCUAUCCAAACUUGUUGCAUUGGAGACAGAGGUCAGUAUGGUGGUAUCAGCUUGGACCCUAACUUUCAGCUAUCACCACUUCCAGCCUCCACUACAAACGCCAGAAAGUUUGAAGUUCCUAAAUAUGAAAUUUUAAGUUAAGCCUUGCCGUGCAGGGAUUAGCUCAUUGGGAUCUUGGUGUGUUCCUUUAAUGGGACAAUAUAAACCUGAGAAUGUUUUGUAAUUUCUGCUUUGUUUUAUUCAGUCAGAUAAAGGGUACUCCAGGCACUCAAUCAUGUUACCUGAAAUUUGCUGGAUGUGUUACGAUCAGCUAUAACAGGUGUUUAUUUGUAUUACCUUCUUUAGUUUUUUUGUGUUGCUUUUUUUGUUUAAUUACUUUUCCUAUAUACGCGUACCCUUUCUUUCUCUUCACCCCAAUGUAAGUACUAAAAUACUAAUGUGCACAAUGUCAUGACUAGAGAUGGAAAGCUGACGAUGUACCUCAACACCCAGAAACCAUCACUGUGACCAUAAAGCACUGUUUAUGGGAUAUAUGCUGUAGCACUACUACAUACCUCCCAAAUGUUUCUAUUUAGGAGGGACAGUCUCUAUAUUUAGGCCCAAAUCCCUUUGUUCCUCUUUUCUCUUCUAAUAUCUAAUAUGUGUUUUCUAGGAGCUCAGUAUUGUUUGUGUGUUUGAAUGUAUAACAGAACUCCCCAGCAAUAAUACUGCAAUAGAUGCAUUUUCAAAAUUACUCGUAUUCCCUAAAGUUAAAGAGUCUCUGUUUGUCCAUUUGAAAUUUUAGGCGGUAUGAUACUAUAAAAGAUUAGGAUAGCAUCAGCUGAGUCACUUUUGGUGAGAUUGGUUUACUGUAGAAGCUGCAAGUCUGGGGAUUCGCCAUAAAUGCAGGCACUUCAAGUGCAUCUUUUUAUAAAAAAAAUAAUUUUUUAUUCAAACAUCUUUUUAUAAAUUUUAUUUAUUGUUUUUGCAUAUAUUUUAAUACAUUAUCUAUGUGUUUCUUGAUAGUCUCCAUGGUUUUCCAAGGUUUUAACUCAUGGAUCACUAUGGCUCUUGCAUUUUCACUAUUCUUUUCAGGAAACAAGCAGAAAAUACAGCAUUUUGAAGUCUAUAUAGUCCCGAACAGUUGUCUAAGUUAACCUUUGCUGGAGGUUAUCUUCAUGUUGUCUAAGCUCACAACUCUUCAGUGGAUUCCUUUGGACAAGUUAUCAUUUAUCCCCCUUUUCAUGAGCGUUUGUUAUUUUGAGAUUAUGGAGAUUUCUAGCUUGUUGCAACACUCUUCAAGAUAUCUGCUACACAUACACUUGUACAGAGCUUCCAUUAGAAAUGCUGGAGUCUGCCCACAUGGCCCACCACCCAUUCCACCAUCAUGUGUGUACAGUGGAUGCAGCAUGUGUGUUUGUAUAUUUAAUCCAAUUUGUGUGUAAGAAAUGUAGUGUGUGUAGUGUAUGCAGUGUGUGUAUAUAUUGUAUGCAGUAUAUAUGUAGUGGAUGCAGUGUGUGUUUGCAUAGUGGCAAUAGUGUUUGUGUGGUGGAUGCAGUGUGUUUGUAUAGUAAAUGUAAUGUGUGUAUAGUGAAUAUAUAUUGUGUGUGUGUGUGUAUAUAGGAUGCAGUGUGUGUGUGUGUGUUUGUAUAGUGGAUGCAGUUUGUGUGUAACGGGUGCAGUGUGUGUAGUGUAUGCAGUGUGUAUAUGCUAGAUGCAGUGUGUGUUUCUAUAGUGGAAGGAGUGUGUGUGUAUAGUGAAUGUAGUGUGUGUGCUGGAUGCAGUGUGUGUUUGUAUAGUGGAAGCAGUGUGUGUGUGUAAGGAAUGCAGUAUUUGUGUAGUAGAUGCAUUGUGUGUGUAUUAAUUUCUACAACAUCUUAAAAAAUAAAUGAAAAACACAGUUCCAUAAUGACCAUUGGGUGUUCAAUAUCAUGGAUUCAUGCUACUGCUUAGGUCUUAAAUAUGUUUCUGCAAGUUCCCACCUUCUGUAUGGAAAUCCUGAGGUUGUUUUUUCCCUCUUCGUAGGAAGGUUCCUGGUCGAACAUUUAUGGAUAUCCAUAUCAACUCUGAUCACUAUCAGUUUGUCUCUUUUGUGUUCUUGGACCGUGAUUACCAGUUUGUUAUGCUACCUUUUGGUAUAGCCAUGGCCCUGCAAGUCUUUAUCAAAGUGUUUGGUGCCCUGAAAACUUGGGAACACAAUCCCAGCCUUUCAGUUCCCCUAAACCUGGAUGACAUCCUUCUCCAGCCAAUCAAGCAGUCCUCCCUAUUAAUCAACUUCUCUUACUAGUGUGAGACUAUGGAUGGCAUGCCAACUCAUCUAAGAAUUCACUAGUUCCCAAUACUAGGGAUAUGGUAUCCUUUCUAGGUUUGGUACAGAAAAUGGCCACCAUGAGAAUUUUCCUCAUGGACUCCUGUCGCCAAAGCUUUGCUCUACCCGUCUCAUGUUUUCUAGCUCUGGAAGAUUGAUGUGGAUUUUGAAUCUUGGUAGCGCCCUUGGACACAAUAUAUUUGGCUAUCUUUUACCUUUGGACCCCUACAACAACGGUGACUCUUCAGAUCUCUGUAACAGAAUUAUCCUGGUUCUUCUAAUGAAGUACUUUUUUCACUCCUUUUUGACUUAAGGUUGCUCAUUUCACAGUCCCACCUGGUCCAUGGUGACAAUGGAUGUCAUCAACUGAGGUUUGGGUAUAUUGUGAGGAGCUCACUGCGGGCUUGGUUCUCCUCUGGAGGCAAGGCUACUAACCAGUGUCCUCAACCAUUGAGAGGUAUUUCAUAUUUUCAGGUUGUGACCUCAUCUGUAGGAAGUCACCAUUGCAACAAUGUCACUGCCAUUCCUUUUGCCAAUCACUCAUCAGGAAGUUUCAGUGGACUCUACAGUUCAGGUUCCAAUAUUUUUUUUUUUUUUUUUUAAAUAAAUUUUUAUUUUUGCAGUGCUGAAAAGUAUACAAUCUAUACAAUAUCCUGCUGCAUCACAACAACAACAGCAGGCAUAUGAAUUGACACAAUUCUACAGGUAGUUUGCAGGCAGAUUUGGUAUAAAAUCUAGGUUAUGUACAAUUGCGAUGGAACAGCACAAUUUUAUAUAAGAUAGGGUAAGAGAACGUGCUGGUAAAUACGGCAUAGUAUGAUUAGAUUUAGGUAAGAGUAUGCUGGUAGUCCCUGUGAAUUGUCGCUGAAAGACACCUGUGUGCAUGAGAUGCUGAAUUAUUCCAUGUUGAUGCUUACCACACACAGUACUAGGAAACAGGAAACAAAGAGCUAUGGCUAUGUAAAUUUAAAGUUAAAUACCCUGAGCUGUCGUAUUAAACAAGCUUUGAACCACUGGGGCAUGGAAUGUUACACAUUGCUGCACUAGAGACAUGUGAGAUAGUAGGGCACAUAACGUUAACAUUAAAAAGGCAGUGAGUACUGCUUGGUGGGCUCAGUCCUUUAUGGCCUCCGCCUUCCUCAUCAGGUCCCACUUGCCAGACUGCGGGUCCGCGGACAUGUCAGCCAAUUCCCUGGGGUGGCAAGUCUGACGAGCAUGCAUGCAAUGUCCCGGGAUCAGCUGGGGGGCGAUAGGUAAGAGAGAUAUGCCUCCAGCCCCAUGCCUUUGUCAACACCCUCUGUCCACGGACUCGGUACCUUUUCACAGCCAAGUCCUGGCCCAAGGGGCAGUUGGAAGAUCAAGGUGGCAUCUGCCGCCAGCGGCGUGCAACAUUCCUCCUGUGUGGUCGAUGUCUCAAGGUCAUGCCUCUGGUGGCUUUCAGCCUAGGCAGGCGGUCGUUGCUGCAGUUAAGCGUUUGGGUGGGUGUGCUUCCUGGAGGUGUCCCUCCUGUUGCCGUCCGUGAGCAUCUCUCCGUCCUCUAUUUGGACCAGAUGGCAGUGGAACGUGCCUGCAGCUUGUCCCAGAAGGCCUGGAAUAGUGCAUCCAGCCUGGAUUCGAAGGUGCCUUGGUUCUGCCCUUGUGACUGGCUGAAGGUUUACGAUGCUUGUGGAUGGGGCUCCACCAUCUUGUGUAGUCUGGGCACCGUUAGGUGUAUGCUGUGAGCGGUAUGCUGAUGCAGCAGGGAGAGCGUUAGUCCGUUCACCCAGUGGGGACCCGGAUAACCCCCACCGGUCCAAAGGGGGGGGGGGAGGAGACCAGCAGAGUCGCUAGGUGAGUCCAGUGUCAGGGAGAGCGGCCGCCUCUCCCCAGCUCCAACUUUAGUAGGCAGUGGCGUGGCGUAGGGUGGCGUUCCGGUCUCCAGGCCUUGACGGGCUCCAGAGAGGUGUCACUUGAUUCAGCAGUGCACCCCGGUAAGUCUUGUGGCUAUGUAGCUCCUGAUUAUACCCCGCCAGGCAAGAGCUUGUGCUGCCCAAGUCUGCACAGCUCGGAGGUCAGGUUCCACCCCCCAGGUUCUAAUAGUUGAACCUUGGAGGCUAAUAUUCUCAGCUGCUAGAUGUUUUCUGUGGGGGUAUGGGGUCUCCAUUUAGAAGUGUUCACCCCUAUCUUGUGGACAAGUGGGAAAUCUUGAAUUCAGUAUGUCAGCAUCAAAAUUCAAUACAAGAUGUUGGAAACUUGGACUCUCCCCCUACAUCCAAACAUAAUGGUCAUGGGGUUGUUCAGACAUCUGGACCUGAGGUCCUUGCUUUUGAUAUGGCAUGGUGCUUGAAUGUCAAAUUCUGAGAUAGAUUGGUUUCUCUUGCCUAGCCAUUGGUACCCUCAUGCAAUGAUUCCUGUUUCAACAAACAUCUAUCAUGAGUUUGCACUUGUGUUGUAGGAUUAUUUACAAAUGUGAGAAUUCAAAGUGAAUUUUAAAUGUAAGGCCCACAUAGCCGAAGAACUGAAAGCAUAGCUGAUUUAGAGAAUUAAUCCAUCUUGGCUAUUUUGACCUUAAAUUUUAAGUCUUACUUUAGAGAAUAAUCCUGGAAGUAAAUGUUAUAGGUAGGAGUUCUUCAGUACAUCCAAAGUGCUGGAAUUUCUCCAAGAUAGAGGCUAGUCUGACAGUACUUAAAAGGAUCUGAUGUUCACACCUUUGUGCAAGGCUCUGGACCAUAUUUGUCUGGUGAUUCAUCCUGCGACCACAUGAAGUCUGAAUCGGGUUCUCUGGGUGUUUUACUUUUCUCAUUUGAACUAAUGCACAAGCCAGAUUUGAAGCAUUUGUCCAUGAAGGUUCUCUUCCUGUUGACUAUUUAUUUGGUUAAGAUGGUGUCUAAGUUUUAAAGGGAAAGUAUAAGCAACAAAACAACUUUGCCUAAUGAAGCAGUUUUGUUGUAUAGAUCAUACCACUGCAGUCUCACAGCUCAAUGCUUUACUAUCUAGGAGGUAAAUCACUUUUGUUUUUGUUUGUGGAGCCAUAGGCACACCUUCCCUGGCUGAUAUUCACACACCCUCCAUGAAAAAAAAGGUUUCAGACUCAAUCAUGUCUUACAGCACAGUGUGUUUACUUUAAACAAUCAUGUAUCUUGUUUACUUCAGACAUAUAUCCUGCUCUGUUAAUUUAAUCUAGCCAUUAAUUAAUAGAGCAAGAGAUAAGAAUCUUUAAAACCGUUUAAAUUAUUAUUGACAUUUUUACAGCAACAAUUUAUUCUGCAGCCAUUCACAAUGUUAUCAAGGGGGAAAUUUAACAAAUUAGACAUUAACAAAAUGUUACAAGAAGAAUAGGCUGAUCAGGACCCUGCUCAAACGAGUUUACAAUCUAGAGGAGGUGGGUUAUAAAAACACAACAAGAAGAGCAUCAAAGGGGUUAGCAACUCAUAAAGUUGGGAAAGGUGACAGUGGAGUGUUAUCCUUUAAGAGAGAGCAAGAGACAAGUUUAUGAAAUAGAAGUUACUCUGGGAGGCCAUAAGCAUUUCUGAAAAGGUGGGUUUUGAGGGACUUUUUAACUGAUUGAAGAAUAGGGGAAAGUCUGAUUGGGGUAGGCAGGCUGUUCUGAAAAUAUAAGAUCAUGCUACCUGCGUGGGAGAAUUAGCCCACUGAGAUAGCCCGAGGGAGGAAGCAAAUUAAAGACAUUUUGAGGCAACUAAGGCCAAGGGUGGUUUAAGUGGAAUGCUAACGUUCCAAAGAAUUAAAGAAGGACUAUUAAUUGAAAGGACGUAGGGAAGCCAGGCAGCAAAAUGGCCAAGGGAGAGAAAAUCGGUACCAGGGGGUGGUAAAUAAGGGCAACAUUUGCAGAAAUAGAUUUGAACAGGCAAAUUGAGUGAUCAUACAGAAAUGCUACCUCUACAUGAGGCUUUGGCUGCUAGCUCUGGGUCCUGAGUGCAAAUGUAUAAAUGUUGUUUGGGGCACAGGCUGUAAGAGAGAGUCUGGGGUUAGGUAAGAGAAAAGGCAGUGUUUACAUUGCCUCUAGGGACACCUCCAAGUGGCCACUCCUUAGAUGGCACUGGAGGUGCUUCCUGGGUCAGUGCUGCCGAAAAAGCAGCCCUAAAGUUCAGCGUCCACACGCUCUGCGUGGAGACGCUGAAUUUUCCUCAUAGAGAUGCAUUGAUUCAUUGCAUCUCUUUGAGGAGGUCCUGAUUGGCCAAAACUUAAUUUGGCCCCAUCCCCGUACCGAUUUUAGCCAAUCCAAUGCUUUGCCGAUGGGAAAGCAUUGGAUUUAAAUUGUCUGUUUUGAUGAUAUCACAAAGGGGGCAGAGCCCGCACCGCUGGACCUGCACGGCCCUGGAAAUAAGGUGAGUUUUAAACUUUUAUAGGGGGGGAAAAGCCACCUAAAUGGUAGGUUUAGCACUAUAGGGUCAGGAAUACAUGUUUGUGUUCCUAACCCUAUAGUGUUCCUUUAAUACAAUAUGGCCAUAUGGUAUUACUGAAUAUCAAUAUUUGUUUGCUAAGAUAGGAGAUUUUAAGUACAAAAGAAAAAACUUACUUGCGCACUAUCCCAAAUCCCUAUUCACAUUUAAAUAACUGGAGCUUAUUAAGUGUACUCCAAUGGCCAUUAAAGUAUAAGCUCACCUGCCAAGUCAAAGCGAAACCUCUUAGGUGAGUGCUACGCUAACAAUUCAUGCUGUUUUUAGUUAAGAGGAAAAACUUCUUAUUAGAUAGAGAGGCGUAUUUUAUAAACCCCUACACACAAAGCAACAUGGUACUCCUUGCAUCAUUAACACUACAGUGGACUGUAAUAGUAAUGAUGCUCAGAGUAACCCUUUAAGUACUAAAACUGGGGAAACAGCAUUUUAUACUUUCAGAUGCUUGGCUCUUAUUCGAGGACAAGUGUUCAUAAUUUAAAAGUUGGUAAAAUAAUGUUCUAGUCUUUUGGGUAAUAGUAACACUAUGUCACAUACAUUAAAUUGCUUUAAAGCGACUCACUCGAUAAAAUAACAGCAUUACUAGCUUUGCCUUUUUUCUUUUACUCCCUAUAUUUUGUGAUGUUUAUGAAAUAAGUAGUAUGUCUUUUCUGUUUUAGACUUCUUCAAUAACGACAUCCCCAAAUGGGAAAGGAUUUUCACGUCCUGCAAGACCCACAAAUCAACGUCCUCCUUCUCGAUGGGCAUCAACAAGAUUCUCUUCACGAUCAUCAGCUAUUAUGAGAACAGAAAACUAGUUGUAACUGCUAUCUGUAAUUUUAUCCUUCUCACGUGGAAAUUCCUAGGGUAUAAACAAAUUUUAUUUUACAGUUUGAAAUGUCAGCUACAGCUCACAGGCAGCUGACUGUAAGAUAUUAUUGUCUGCAGCUGAGAAUCCAUCUCUAUAAAUGAAUAAAUAAAUCCUAUGGCAAAAGUGUAAAUAAAAAAUAGAAACAAACACCCACUAAGCCAUGAUGGAAAAUACCUAUACUUUUAUGACAUGGGAACUUGAAAGACAGCUAGCUGAAUUUUCUGGUUCUGUAUUACAUACAAGGUGUUUAGUACUAGUUAGUAUCUUAACAUCAGUUUUUGUUCAUGGAAUCUAUACUUUCCGGAACAAAUAUUUUGUAACUCCAGAUUAAUAAAUCUAAUCUUCAGUGUUUUAUGACCAGCGGAAACAUAUUUCUGUACUUUUUAUAUUGUGUAGUUUACUUGGCAGGUUAUUUAUAAAUGUUUGUCUUCAUUUUGGUAAUAUUAAAAAUGUAGAAUUUUAUAAAAUUCUCUGUUGUUAAAGACUAAUACUACAUACACAGUUGUAAAUGUCAUAUGCAUGAAACAUGAUCAUAUUGCAUGUUCGAAAGUAGUGAGUGUUUUGUGUUUAGACAUUGCUGGAGCAAUGUUUAUAUAUAAAAUUACAGGACAUAAACUAUUAUUUACCUAUCAUUCAUUAUUUGUAAAGAAAAAAAAAAUCAGUAAUAUGAAUAACUGCUAUUGUGUUUUGAAAUAGCUGACAAAUAUGUUUUUUUUUUUUUUAUGUACAAAAAAAACGUAUUAAAUUAAGCCACAACUUAUGUUAACUGUAUUAAACAAAAGGCAUGUGUCUUAGUUAUUUUUGUUAUAUGCAAUGAUGUUCCUUUGGUGGAAUUGUAUUGGAUGAGGGGAAGAUCACAACAUUGAUGUCUAUUUAAAAAAAAAAAACACCAUGGAUUGGCUUAUGUUGCUAAUAUACCUGCUUACCCUGCUAUUAUGCUGUUACGUUACAAUAUGGCUUUUUAAUGCAUAGAGCCAUUCCACAAGAAAUAAAACUUUAUUAUCUAGUAUAUAAAGGACCAUUACAUGUCAUCGUUGUCAUCAUUUACUGUAGUGUCUUGGUAGUCUUAGUCCAUUUGUAUGGUUCUUUAUUUUCUAGUGUAAUUCAGGAUGUCAUACAAGUAAGUAUGUUUGGUUUUAAGUCUACAUCAGUGAGUAUGUAAAUGGUAAAUUGGAGCAAGGGCUACCACAAACGUCAUAAUCAUCACUGACCAUCAUUGUUAGCAUGUUUCCAUGUGUAUAUCAUAGUUUAGUUCAUUCAGCAAUUUCCUUGUGUUUUUCAAUAUACUUAGAGUCCAGAUAUAAACUUGCAUUUUGGCAUUUGCUUGUGUACACAAAUAUUGCAUCAGCGGCUCCAAGAUAUAUGAUAUCGCUUUUGUGCCAGAAAUUCUACACAUUGCACUUUCAGAUAUGUUUCCAUCAUCUCUUAUUUCAGAUUGUAAAUUAUAUUGCUUCCGUUUUACAUCCUGUUGAGACUCGCAGGGAGUCAUAUGUUUGUUUAUCUCAGUGGUUUAUCUGGAUGGGCACAGCCUUGACAGUUUUGUGCAGUGUCUGGCACCAGAGAGUUACAAAAAAUUGCUUUUGUAUUUUUCUCAUCUGAUUAAUACAAAAAUUAGAUCCAUAUAGUGAUAAAAAGUGAACAUACUUUGUUAAAGGAAUCACUGAACAUAUUCUUCGACUUGUGUAUUUUGGACACAACGACCAAAAAGAAAUGUCAUAUUCCCUCAUUUUAUAUUUGUAGGCGCCAUUAACUCAUUAGAAGUAAUAUGUACAACUAAGGUGCUUAAGAAAUUCAGAGUACUGUAUACAAAUAAAACACACACAAAAUAUUUGGGAUCAUAGUAGAAUAAAAGUGGUACAUUUAUUGACUAGCAAAGUAGAUUAAAGUGUAAGCUUUUUAGAUCCCCAGUUCUAGACCAUGCCUACAAAAGAUAACUAGGUGAUCUUGAAAGCUUGGUUUCUAAACAAACUUAGUUAGUAUAUAAAGAUAUCAGAUUUAUGCUACUUCUUUCCAUUAAUGUACAUCUUUUUUUUUUUGGUUUUGUUAGUUUUCUUUCCAACUAUAUGACAGAGCAGUUCCCAAGAGCAUGCUGGUGUGGUUACAUAAAAGAUCCAUCUAUUUUUAAUCACACCUAUUUGUGUUCUUACAGAGGUGCUCCUCUGUAAUAUUCGUGCCUACAAGAUUUAAGGAUGUUAUUUAUACCUUGAUGUUUGAAUCUCAGAUUAGAUAGUAGCAGAUGUACAGUAACCCAUCGUUUUAGUAAAAGAAGAAAGCCAUGUUUUUCUCGUAAUUAAUUUAAAUGAGAUAAAAGCCACAAAGGAGAGAAUAUCCAUGCAGACUUUGAAUAGAUGCUGGCCAAGUGCUCCAACAAAACAUUAAUGGCCAGUGGCCAAUAAAUCAGUGAUUUAGCAACUGUCCACAGCUGUACUGUGGAAUUACUCAUAUGUUCUCUAGUCUAGCAGAGAUUCCUAAAUUUCUGAUAAUGAUAACUUGAUAAUGGGGCCUUGCGGCAUGUGAGCUCAUUCAGGUUAAAGGCCGUUACAUGCCAGAUUGAGUUGCAGUAUUUUAUUCUGGAUUACAGUGCAAUCUCUAUUUUCAGUGAGUAUUUGAUGUUUUAACUACACGACGUGUAAUCCAUGUUCUAUAUUUAUUAUGGAAACCAGGGGUGAUAAAAAUGUUUAAGCCCCAAGCUUUGGUGCCUUUAAUUCUCUAUGAUCUGCAUUUGUUUGUUUUUUAUAUGGUUGUAUGAAUAAAGUAUUAUCUUGAAAAAUGAAAAAAGAGCAUUAGUGUGUACUGUGGAAGAAGGGCCUGUGUUGCUUGGUUCAUGG